UGAUGCUGCUGAUGCUGGUGCUGGCAUGUUCCACAGACAACUUUUGCAUGCGUGGCCUGUCUAAUUUUUACCCAGAUUUAACGAAAAGGAUCCGUACUUCCUAUCAGAGUAAGUUGGGGGGUUGCAGCUUGGACGUAUUGCUUAGUUUUACAGCUAUGUGUUUUCUACAAACACAUUCGAACAUGUUUUGUUUUUUUGUGCUUUGAGAUGCAGAAAGUGGGGUCAGUAAGGACUUGCCAAAUGUUUGCUUUAUGAUUUACCUGGGAAACUCACCUGUUUAUUGAGCUGUGACCUAAAUGCAUGUGAACUGCAUGUGAUAGGACGUCUAGAGCAAACCUGACCAGGGGCACACUUGCCUGCAGCGUAUUUUUUGUUUUUUAAAUUAUAUUGUUUAUUGCAAGUUUUUUUUAUCACAAUACAACAUAUUAAAAGACAAAUAGCACAAACAUUACAUAUAUGUAUUAAUAUAAAGUGAAUUAGAAUUGAACAGUCAGACCGCAGGGUCAUGAUGUGUACCCAAAACUGCUUCAUUAAGCAAAAGUUGUUGUGAUGCUUAGAGUAUCCCUUUAAAGAAAUACUGUAGGCACUAUAACCAGCUCACUUUGUUUAAUUGGUUACAGUGCCUGGAGUCCUCUGACGCUGUCCUUCCAUCUAGUGUUAAACCAUUUUCGAUUUGGGCCAGUGCAUUGCGACCUUAAAGCAAGCUGAAGGAUUAUUUAAUGUCGGAGUGAACAGAUGUUAAUGUAAGCCCUCCUAUCCAGGUUUCCGGUAAAACUAAUUUACCUUGCAUUCCCGGCAAUCCUGUGGGAAUACCACUUACUAUCUCAAAGUAAGGGUUACUGAACACCAAAAAAAAUCUAAUUAAAAACGAACUUUGUUAAUAAAUGUUUUCCUGCCCAGAUGCUGUAACUGUAAUGCUAGCAGGCUCGCAGAAUUUUAAUGGAGGGGAAAAAAGUUGAUUAUUCAGGCUGUGUGCUACAUGCGGAAAAAGCUAAUCAGCGAGGGUUACAGGAAACAUCUGCUCUUUAUCAUAAGCAUACUAAAUCUAAUAAUUCCAUAAUAAUCUAACUUUCAUUUGUCUAAGCAAUGCACAGACCUGCAGAGCUAAUUACUAGGCCACAGCCUGACACAGAGUUAGGUCAGGAGCCCAUCUAGGGGUCCAAGACAUCAGCUCAUGAAUGUAGAUGCAGGCCCUCCCCAGGAGAAUAUUAAUAUUAGUGUGGUUAAUUAACGAUACAUAUUUAUAGUUUGCUAUAAUUUUAUAAUAACCCUCAUCUUGAGAAAGGAACAUUGUAUCGCUUACGAUCCUAAAAAGACACAUUUUAAUGUUUGUUUUGCCCAGAAUUCUCUGUUUUGUAGCUGCAGCCCCCGGGUGUUGUAUAACACUUUAAUGGCUGGAAAGUAACGUGACCGGCUGUGGUUCAAUGUUUUCUAUUACGUAGAGAACAUGAAUUGCUGCGUGUAACAAACAGGUUUAAUACUCUCUGCAUCAUAAACAUUUACCGCCUUCUGCUAAAUCGGUGUUACCCGAAAAUCCAUUUUGUUUUGUGGGCUGGAAGCAGCACUGCAAGAUUUGCUGUUUCAAUGCCAGAGAUAUAUUUUGAUUAGUUCUGCUCAAUUUGAUCUUCCCCUCUCCUAUGCCUUACACCCUCUCUCAUUCUUUACGCACAUUUUACCAACAUUUCAAAAGCAAAGAGUGAUUUUCUUUUCACAUCAGCACGAUAAGUGUAGGAGGAAGUGAGUCAUAAAACCACUUUAAACUGAGCAAUUCUCUAGGGAAUGCUCGAAACUUAUAGAAUGCACACGUAUCGUCUCCCGUGUUAUGUGUUUAUGUAACUUUCUGCUUCUCUAUAGGUCUAACAGAGCUCUCAGACACUCCUGUAUCUCUGGAAUUGGAACGCUGCAAGUCUCCCACCUCAGGUACAGGUCACAAUCUAAUGUUCUUUGUCCUAAUUACUAAACAUGUCAAGUGUCUCUGUGGCCCACCCCUUGACACAGUCCAUUGCAGAAGAAUACCUGGGGCGUCACACACGGUACUAAAAUCCUUGUAACCUUAGGAUACAUAUGAUGAGCAUGUUCUAUAUUCCAUCUCUUGUUCUUGCAAUUUGUGUGGGUCGUCAGUUGAUGUCUGAUAUCCUAUGUUGGCCUCAUCCACAUGCGUCCACUUUCUAAUGAGGAAAGCCUGGGAUGAACACACUCGUCUUUGAACAGAAAUAUUAUCAUUAAAGAAGCUAGCAUUGUUAUAAUGCGGAUGGGCAGAUGGCUUGUGUUCCUGUAUAUGUAUUUGUGUGUAUGCAUUUAGCUUAUCAUACCAUCUCUAGAGUGCUGUUAUUAGAUUAUGUCGGCUUGAUGAUUCGGUUCUGACUGAUACGCCCUAAAGUUUUUGAAUCUUUCAGUUAAUUCAUAUUUCCAAUAUGUGUUCUUUUAUCCAGCCGUAACAACUGCAUCUCAGUAUUUGGUAUUUAAAGAAAUACAGGACAAUGGGUAUGGUUAUGUAAAGAGUUGGGCAGUUUAUUGAAGCAUUUGAUCACUUAUAAAUUAUAGAGCAGUGGUCCCCAACCCAGUCCUCAUGGACCGCCAACAGUCCAGGAUUUAUGUCUUUCCCUCUUUUAUUCAAAUGGAGAUAUUGCCCAAACUUGGACUUUUGGUUGUCCAUGAGGACUGGGUUGGGGACCACUGUUAUAGAUGAUGUUUUUAUACAGGAUAUGGUGCAAUAAUAAGUGCACAAACGUUGAACAUAACACAUGUCCCUAAAGUUUACAAGCUCUUUGACAACCAUAAAGCAUAAUCCCAGGGUUUAUAGCAAUUUAAAACCAUAAAAAAUAAUCCCAAAGUAUCCUUGCAUUGAGAAGACCCUAAAGCAUAUUACUAAGGUUUCCGGGUAUGGAGAGGACUAGAUAACAUAUUACUAAUGUUUCCAGACAUUGAGAAGACCAUAUAACAUAUUACUAUGGCUUCCAGACAUUUAGAGGACCAUACCAUAUUACUAUAGUUUCCAGACAUCAAGAGGACCAUGCAUCAUAUUACUAAGGAGGCGGUGGGUGGGGACCCUAAAUACUUCGGGGGGGGACCUAUUGUUCUCUCCCUGAGCAGGGGGUGGGGGCCCUAAAGUAAAAUAAAAGGGGGGGACCUAAUGGCCUCCCCCCCCUGGCCCCCACUCCUAAGCUAUGGGUGGGGACCCUAAAUUACUUGAAAGGGGGGGACACCUAUUGUCCUCUCCCCGGCCCCUACCCCUGAGCGGUGGGUGGGGGCCCUAAAAUACUUCAAAGGGAGGGACCUAUUGUCCUCCCCCUGGCCCCCACCCUUGAGCAGCGGGUGGGGGACCUAAAGUAAAAUAAAAGGUGGGGGACCUAUUGUCCUCCCCCGGCCCCCACCCCUGAGCGGUGGGUGGGGGCCCUAAAAUACUUCAAAGGGAGGGACCUAUUGUCCUCCCCCCUGGCCCCCACCCCUGAGCAGCGGGUGGGGGACCUAAAGUAAAAUAAAAGGUGGGGGACCUAUUAUCCUCCCCCCCGGCCACCACCCCUGAGUGGUGGGUGUGGGCCCUAAAUUACUUGAAAGGGGGGGGACCCAACCCCUAAGCUGUGGGUGGGGGCCCUAAAUUACUUGAAAGGGGGGACCUAUUGUCGUCGUCCCUGGCCUCCAUCCCUGAGCGGUGGGUCAGGGCCCUAAAAUACUUUAAGGGGGGGACCUAUUGUCCUCCCUGGCCCUCACCCCUGAGUGGUGGGUGGGGGCCCUAAAGUAAAAUAAAAGGGGGGAACCUAUUGUCCUCCCCCCCGGCCCCAACCCCUAAGCUAUGGGUGGGGGCCCUAAAUUAUUUCAAAGGAGGGGACACCUAUUGUCCUCCCUACGGCCCCCACCCCUGAGCGGUGGGUGGGGGCCCUAAAAUACUUCAAAGGGUUAUUUUAUUGUCCUCCCCCCUGGCCCCCACCACUGAGCAGCAGGUGGGGGACCUAAAGUAAAAUAAAAGGGGGGGGACCUAUUGCAUAAAAAUGCAUAAACAUGCCUCCCCCUCCCCCCUGGUGACUUUAAAAUUAUUCAAAUCCCUACCUACCCCCCUCACCCUAAAAAUAGUGAGGAGGGAACAAUAAUUAGGUACCUGUAAAAAAAUAAAAAAAAUAAAACUUACCAUUUGAUGUCUUCUUUUUUCUAAAAUCUUCUUUUUUCAGCCCCAGAAAAGGCCAAAUAAAAAACCAUCAUACCCGUCGAACUAAACGAAUGAAAAAAACAGAGCGUAAAAAAUAAUAAUCCAUCUUCACCCUUGGAGGGCUCCGCACAAACUGAGCUCUGCAGGGUGGGGGAUGGCUUAUAAAGCCUUGCCCCGCCCUGCAAUUACUCUCAGAGCGCUUUGGUUGGUUGGUUUAAGCCAUCCAAUCAGAGUGCUCUGACAGGUAAAUAAAGAGACUGACAGGUCUCUACAUUUACCUGUCACAGCACUCUGAUUGGAUAGCUUGAAAUCCAGCCAAUAAGAGUGCUCACUUUACACAGUUCUUUGGAAAUUUCCCACGCUGUGUAAUUUGACUCAUAACAACACUCUGAUUGGUUCAUUGAAAGUAACCAAUGAGUCAAAUUUCACAGCGUGGGAAUCUCCAAAGUCUCUGAAUUGCCCGAAAUUCAGCCAAAUUGACAUUUGUAUCAAAGCGAAUUGCACGUGUCUACCUAUUACUAUUGUUUCCAGACACCCAGAGGACAUAUAACAUAUUACUAAGGUUUUCGGGUAUUGAGAGGACCAUACAUUAUAUUACUAAGGUUUCCAGACAUUGAGCGGACCAUAUAACAUAUUACAAUGGUUUCCAUGUAUUUAGAGAACCACACAUCAUAUUACUAAGGUUUCCAGAUAUUGAGAGGACCAUACAUUAUAUUACUAAGAUUCCCAGACAUUGUGAUGACCAUAUAACAUAUCACUGUGGUUUACAGUUAUUUAGAGGACCAUGUAACAUAUUACUAAGAUUUCCAAGUAUUGGGAAGACCAUAUAUCCUAUUAUUGAGGUAUCCAGACAUUGAGAGGGCCAUAUAACAUAUUACUGAGAUUUCCAAGUAUUGGGAAGACCAUAUAUCCUAUUAUUGAGGUAUCCAGACAUUGAGAGGGCCAUAUAACAUAUUACUGAGAUUUCCAAGUAUUGGGAAGACCAUAUAUCAUAUUACUGACGUUUCCAGAUAUUGAGAGGGCCAUAUAACAUAUUACUGAGAUUUCCAAGUAUUGGGAAGACCAUAUAUUAUAUUACUAAGGUUUCCAGACAUUGAGAGGACCUUAUGACAUAUUACUAAGGUUUCCAAGUAUUGAGAGGAUCAUAUAUCAUAUUGCUGAGGUUUCCAGACAUUAAGAGAGCCAUAUAGCAUAUUACUUAGGUUUACACGUAUAGAGAAGGCCAUAAAGCAUAUUACUAAGGUAUUGAGAGGACCAUAUAAAAGGGAAAACACUAUAUAGCAUAUGACUAAGGAUUCCAUGUAUUGAGAGGACCAUAAAGCAUAUUACUAAGGUUUCCAUUUAUGUAGUAGACCAUGUAGCAUAUGACCAAGGUUUCCAUGUAUUGAGAGGAUCAUUAAGCAUAUGACUAAGUGUGAUGGACCGCCUGGCACCCAGAUUGGGUGCCUCCACCAAUCGCUGCUGGUAUAGCUGUUCCCAACAAUCAUGAGACGAGGCUGCGUGUUUAGGGUGAAGUGAACUGAUUUUAAUAGGACCACACUUGGCCUUUUAUGACAAUCCCUAUGCAAGGGGCACUCACCCCUGGAUCUGAGAGUAAACCAUAGCAGAAACAAACACAUAAUUGCAUUGGCUCUCAGAUCCAGGACACUCCCAUACUUUAACAGAGAAUCCCCCCUCUGUGCCUGGCUGAUAAUUGGAUCAGGAACUGUACUAAUCUAAUUCCAAUUUUCUAAAAGUACAGAAAGACAAUUUUUUUCCCAAACACCCCAAAAACACAUAAAACCCCACAGUUACAUCCCCUGAUAGUCCUGAUGUGGGUGACCAACAUAUCCAAAAAUUACCCAGAUAAGUUCAGGGGUUCAGGAAUUUCCUGGAAGUCAUUUAUUUGACAGAUCCGCAGACAUGGUCCCAUGCCCAAAACAGUUCUAGUUAGGUAGUUUGAAAAGGAACAAACUACCGCUAUUUAAACCUUUUUUGUCCAUUUCUUUACUGUUUCUUGUGUAUUUUGACCUUGGCUUUCCUUCUGACUAUUCUGAUCUCUGUACCCCUUGACCUUUGGCUUGGCUCCUGACUUUUCUGACUUCUAUAUUCCUCGACCUUUGGCUUGCUUAAAGUUUCUGUGAUUUCUGUGUUCUUGUCCACAGCCUGUCUUGUGGUUUUUCCUUUCAUACGUUAAAUCUGGCCAUUCUAAGGCCCGGUAGUACGUCAUUGGGUUUUCUUUAUUUUCUACUUAAGUCUUACCCUGGAGCUUGCUCCCCUCAUCCAGACGAACGAUUUCACUGAACAGUGCCCUUCUAAGUUGUAUAGAACCGAACCAGGCGAUGAUGGAAGUCCAGCGGUGUUCGGGAGUUCCUGUGUCCGAUUUUAGUUCCAUAAGAUUCAUGCCAAACACCGCUACCUGCGUCCAUGUGAACAAGAUGGCCAACAUCUCGUGGUUGUCCAUAGGAAUUGCGGCCACCCAGACAAACAAUUAGAACACUGCGGUGUGUCACGCCGCCUGCCGGGUCCGCUCCUUCCAGAGACCGGUAUGGGUCCUGGCGGGCGCGUAUCGGUGCUGCGGCCCUCCUACAUCGCAAGGGGAAUGCCGCCGAAUACUCACCCUUCUUCUAGGCACCCGCCGGGACCGCUCAUGCCCAGGAGCGGACUGGGACCCGGAGGACACAUCUUGUUGUGGCAGCAUUCCCACGUGGUAAUGGGAAUGCUGCCUAUCACUCACCUCCUCCCGCGACACCCUCCGGCCUCACUGACAGACACUCCUCCCCUUACACAGCGGCCAGGUCUAUAAACAUUAGAGACGCCGGCCGCUGCAAAUUAGAACCUUUUACGGUUCAUAUUUAACCCUUCCAUUACCUAACCAUUUGAAACGUGCGUUUGACGUCACACACACGUUCACUGUCACAUGCUUUCCUGAAGCCAAUCAAAGGAGCACCUUAGGCUAUUUAAACCUUUUUUGUCCAUUUCUUUACUGUUUCUUGUGUAUUUUGACCUUGGCUUUCCUUCUGACUAUUCUGAUCUCUGUACCCCUUGACCUUUGGCUUGGCUCCUGACUUUUCUGACUUCUAUAUUCCUCGACCUUUGGCUUGCUUAAAGUUUCUGUGAUUUCUGUGUUCUUGUCCACAGCCUGUCUUGUGGUUUUUCCUUUCAUACGUUAAAUCCGGCCGUUCUAAGGCCCGGUAGUACGUCAUUGGGUUUUCUUUAUUUUCUACUUAAGUUCUGCGUGUUGGGCAUUAGUUUAUCCUGACACGAUGGUAUUGUUACAAAGUAUCAAUUUAGGCUUAACAAGCUCCAGGGUAGUCUCCGGUUCGUGUGGUUGUUCGGUAACUGAACCAUAUAGUCCCAAUUGCAUGAACAGAGUCUUUUUAAAGCAUUUUAGCCAGGUCUAUUGCAGGAGCCAUAGUCCUGGGGCAGGAGGCUGGCAAGCAGGCUCCUCCAAAAGCCCAUGGCAAGAUUCUGUUCGCCACAUACAUAAAUCAUAUUACUAAGGUUUCCAUGUAUUUAGUAGACCAUAUAGCAUAUGACCAAGGUUUCCGUGUAUUGAGAGGACCAUAAAGUGUAUUACUAAGGUUUCCAGGUAUUGAGAGGGCCAUAUAACAUAUUUAUAAGGUUUCCAUGUAUUGAAAGGACCAUAUAACUUAUUAUGAAGUUUUCACGGUAUUGAGAGGGUAUUGAGAUAUUACUAAAGUUUCCAGGUAGGACCAUGCAGCAUAUUAUUGAAUUAAAAAAAGCAUGAUGCUAUGCUAACCAUUACACUUUAAUUAUAUGUCAGGUUGCACCAUUACUUGUGAAGUGGCAUUGUCCCUUUACAGAGUGGAGACAGCAUGUGACAUGUACCCCUCCGUCACUACAAAUGUACUUUUAUUAAUAUCAAUCAAUAUUAAACAGCAUUAUGUCCUUGUCUACAAAGACCAACUUUGCAUGUUUUAUAAAAUAAUAGAUUUGGGGAUUUAUCAUGCAUUUGUGAUUUAAAGCAUUCACUUGUCAAUACACACAGUCUGCUCUCUCGUCUUUCAAACAAGUUAUAUAUAUAUAUAUAUAUAUAUAUAUAUAGCCUGAAGGAGCAGAUAACCACGGGAAACAGCUGGAAGAUGUUAAAUAUUCCCUAUAAUAAGACAGCUAAGGAUAAAAUGUGCUCAGAUUGAAGCAGGGCCAGUAAGAGGGUCAUUGAAGGGCACAUCAAUAAACUCGUUAGGACUGGCCUGAUGAAAGGUUGAAUGGGAAGGUUUGCUCAGCGAGAACUGCAAUAUACUGUAACUGCUGCAGAGUGCACAGGCGAUAUUCCCACAGGAAAACGUUCAAAGAAAACAAACUAAGGAAGAGAAAGUGUAAAGUGAUUGAAGAACAUUUUGAGUUUGUUCCAUAUAAUAAUAAAUCAGCGUUCUGGCUGUUAUUAACCAACUGAUAAUAUGAUAACCAAGUGAAAUUACAAUAUUAGCCAUCUGAUAGUGUGAGAGUAACCAAGUCAAAGUAUUUUACAACCAACUAACAGUGCGAUAGUAACCGACAGUCUGAUAGUAACCAGCUAACAGUGUGAUAGUAACCAACUAACUAACAGUAUAAUAGUAACCAACAGUGUAAUAGUAACCAACUAACCAUGUGAUAGUAACCAACUAACAGUGUGAUAGUAACCAACUAACUAACAGUGCGAUAGUAACCGACAGUGUGAUAGUAACCGACAGUGUGAUAGUAACCGACAGUUGAUAGUAACCAACUAACAGUGUGAUAGUAACUGAACAAAUAACAGUAUGAUAGUAACCAACUAACAGUGUGAUAGUAACCAACUAACUAACAGUGUGAUAGUAACCAACUAACCAUGUGAUAGUAACCAACUAACAGUGUGAUAGUAACCAACUAACCAUGUGAUAGUAACCAGCUAACUAACAGUAUGAUAGUAACCAACUAACAGUGUGAUAGUAACCAAUUAAUAGUGACAGUAACCAACUAACAGUGUGACAGUAACCAACUAACUGUGUGACAGUAACCAACUAACUGUGUGAUAGUAACCAACUAACAGUGUGAUAGUAAUCAACUAAUAGCGUGACAGUAACCAAAUAACAGUGUGAUAGUAACCGACAGUUUGAUAGUAACUAAUAGCGUGACAGUAACCAACUAACCAUGUGAUAGUAACCAACUAACUAACAGUGUGUUAGUAACCAACUAAUAGCGUGACAGUAACCAACUAACAGUGCGAUAGUAACCAACUAAUAGCGUGACAGUAACCAACUAACCAUGUGAUAGUAACCAACUAACUAACCAUGUGAUAGUAACCAACUAACAGUGUGAUAGUAACCAAUUAAUAGUGACAGUAACCAACUAACAGUGUGACAGUAACCAACUCACCGUGUGAUAGUAACCAACAAACUAACAGUGUGAUAGUAACCAACUAAUAGCGUGACAGUAACCAACUAACAGUGCGAUAGUAACCAACAGUGUGAUAGUAACCAACUAAUAGCGUGACAGUAACCAAAUAACAGUGCGAUAGUAACCGACAGUUUGAUAGUAACUAACUAAUAGUGUGACAGUAACCAACCAACAGUGUGAUAGUAACCAAGUGACAGUGUGAUAGUAACCAACUAACAGUGCGAUAGUAACCGACAGUUUGAUAGUAACUAACUAAUAGCGUGACAGUAACCAACCAACAGUGUGACAGUAACCAACUAACAGUGUGAUAGUAACCAAGUGACAGUGUGAUAGUAACCAACUAACAGUGUGAUAGUAACUAACAGUAUUUUACAGCCAACUGACUGUGAAAUUAACCAUAAUCUGUGACAUUAAAUUGAUUUUAUGAUAUAAACCACAUGAUAGUAUAAUAUUAACUAUAUUGCAAUGUGAUAUUAACAAACUGUAAAAGUAUUGAUGUAUGACUGUAUUAGCAGUAUGUGGCUUGUUAUGAUGUAUUAUACAUUAUCAGAUCAAAUUCUUACCAUGCCAUUAUGGGUGGUCUUAGUCAAAUAGGGAUUGAAUGGACUUUGUUAUUUUAACAGUUUCAAUAUUUUAUUCAGGAUAAUCGUAUAAUGUCAAAAAAUCAUUCUGUGGAGAAUCAGUUAUGAGCCAGUUAAUUGGAUACGGUAAUGACAGUGUUAAAAAUGUAAAUUCCUGCGCUAAUAGCCAGCCUUAAAAAGUUACUCUCCACUGCAAAACAGGAGGUUCUAUGGCACACUCACCAGGGGUAAAACUUAUACCCUGGGAAAGACAUUUGUUAAAUAACGGAAAAAAGAAGAAAAACUGUUAUAUUCUGAGUCUUUUCAAGCUACAGUCUGUGUGACCUCAUAGCGGCCUAUAGGAAAGAUAGGUAAAAGAUACAUUGAAAUACUUGUGCUACCGUGUACAUCAAAUUUGCACAUUCAUCUUGUACUCAAAUUUCAGGAAGCUGAUAGAUCAGCUAUACUCACAUUUUAUGGAGCAUUUUAAUACUUACAUAGAGCUGAUAGAUCAUAUGUACUCACAUUUCAUUGAGAGCUCUUUAAUACUCACAGGGAGCUGAUAGAUGACCAAUGCUCACAUUUCAUGGAGCAUUUCAAUACUCACAGGGAGGUGAUAGAUCAUCUGUACUCACAUUUCAUGGAGCAUUUCAAUACUCACAUGGAGCUGAUAGAUCACCAGUGCUCACAUUUCAUGGAACAUUUCAAUACUCACAGGGAGCUGAUAGAUCAGCUGUACUCACAUUUUAUUGAGUACUUUAAUGAUAGAUCAGCUGAGAAUAUGUUUUGUCCCUUUUCUCACCCUGGUUAGCUGCUGCGUACAAUGCAACAAUAUAGACUGUUUUUCACCAUUAACAUAUACAAAUACAAACAUGAAAUGCAGAAUAUGCAUUUCUUCUUUUGAUUUAAUUAAGACAUAUAACAUUACUAUAUAUGUUAUUUAAGGUUCAUCACAUAUUUUGCAUGCUGUGUUCAGUAUUUCUAUAAUCUUCUUUCUUCUUUUUCUCUUAUCUUCUUUUUUUCUGUGCUUUGCAUACCUAAUGUCACAAUCAUGUUCAUUGGAGUUUUUAAAGGAUUUUGGUUUUAUUUAUAGCAAUUCUAUUUCAAAAUCUAGCCUCUCCCUAUAUUCCUAUUCAAAUCAAAUUCUGUUCCCCAUAAUUUGCAUGCUCUGUGACGUGUUGGUUGAUGCCUCAAGCUCCUGUCUUCCAAGUGAUAGACUUAUUGGAUAGAGAAACUAAUUGCCUUUCCAAUAAUCAUAAUCAGUUCAGUUAAGCAGAAUAUUUCUGUAUAUUAUCAUAAUGAACAAUAUUGUUGAAACGAGGUAGAUGGACAAAAUACGCUGCAUUUUAUCUGCUGUUAACCAGAACUGCUAACUAUAUACUAAACAGGGGAAUAAGGCUUCAUGAUGAGAAAGAUGAUGGGCAUUCACAUAUGUUCAAUAUCUGGCAGUGAACAUUCCUUAGAGAUCUGAUGUAUCUUAAAUCCAUUCUCUGCAAAGUUACAACUUACACUGUGCAGUCACAAUAUUAAAACCACUGACAGGGGAAUAACGCUGAUUAUAUUGUUACACUGGCACCUGUUAAUGGGUGGGAUAUAUUUGGUAGAAAGUGAACAGUCAGCUCUUGAAUUUCACAUGUUGGAAGCAGGAAAAAUGGGCAAGUGAAAGGAUCUGAGUAACUUUUACAAGGGACACAUAGUGAUGGCUAGACGACUGGGUCAGAGCAUCUCCAAAAAGUCUUGUGGGAUGUUACUGUUAUACAGUGGUUACUACCUACAAAAAGUGGUACGAGAAACAUGGCAAAGUGUUCAAAGUGUUGCCUUCAAAGUGAACAAUAUUAAAAGAGUAUAAAAAUCUAAACCAAAUCAAUCUUUGUUCUGGCCACAUUUUGCCUUCAAAACAGCAUCAGUUCUUCUACAUACUACUGCAAGAAGUCAGGUAUUUUGUAGGUAUCUAGCCAGGUGCACGGUUAAACUAUUAUUUCAAACGGGUGUUCAUGAUCGUCAAAUUAACAUAUAGCUUGAAACACAUUCAUUAGGAAAAACAGUUGUGUAGGAGGAAUAAAACUGAGUGAGGAACAGCCAAACUCUGCUAACAAGGUUAGGUUGCUGGAGACUGUUUGUCAAAUCAUACACAAUGCCAAGAUAGAGCACAGCAAGAAAACACGCGAUAGUUAUACUGCAUCAACAAGGUUUCUUCCGGCAGAUAUAGCGAGGCAAACAGGGAUUUCCAGAUGUGCUGGCCAAGCUUUUCUUUAGAAGCAGAAAGAAACAGGCAAUGCUGAGGACUGUAGAUGCAGUGGUUGGCCAAGCACACUUCGUGCAACAGGUGACAGACACAUCAUGCUUACUUCCCUUCACAGUCAGAAGAUGUCCAACAGUUCCAUCAACUCAGAUUUGUCAGGAACCAGUGAGACCAUGGUACACACAUCUACUGUCUGGAGAAUUCUGGUCAAAAAUUAUCUUCAUGGAAGACUUGCGGCCAAAAAAAAAACAGACCUCCAAAACAGACCUCAAAGGUCAAACAACUUAGCUAUGCGCGAAUAAGGAACUAGGUUGCAGAAAAAUGGCAGUGAGUGCUCUGGACUGAUGAGCCAUAAUUUUAAAUAUUUGGCUGUAGCAGAAAGCAUUUUUUUACGGAAGAGCUGGAGAUUGGUACACGAAUGAAUGUCUGCAAGCAACAGUGAAGCAUGGUGGAGACUUCUUGCAAGUAUGGGGCUGCAUUUCUAGAAAUUGAUUUGUGAAUUUUGGUCUGAAUUACUGAUCUUCUCAAUGCUAAGAUGCACAGGCAGAUAUUUAUCCAUCAUGCAAUACCAUCAGGGAGGCUGCAUCCUGGUCUCUGUUUGCAUGUAAAUGCUUUAAAUAGGAGUUGCAUUUGCCAUGUGUGGGGCAUAUAUAUUCUCUUUACUCAUUUUAAGAUCCUGAUAAGUCUGUCACAUUCUGCCUCCCUCUACUAGAAUGAACUAAUACACUCUAUACAGCACUUCUGCUUUAAUUCAUGGUCACAUCUGCCUUUUACCCUUAUGUGACGAGACCAAUCUCGCCACAUUGAAUUGGAGGAGCCUGGUUGCCUGCCUGCUGCCUUUUGGCUAUGGACUUUAUGUGAAUGUGAUGUAUACUUUUAAAAUUAUGAAUGUGGAAAAACUGUAUUUCUCUGGCCGUGAUAAUUACAUUACCCAUUGUGUAAGGUAAUAGUAUCACAGGCAGAGGAGAGGAUUUUGUGUGGGAGUGUCUGAGUGUAUUGUAUGUGUUUAUUGGUUGUUUUCCAAAGCCCUGUGGGUGGUACUAAUGUGUAUAUAAGAACAAUAAACCCACAGCUCUGUCUGUUCCUGCUUGACCCUCAACACGGAGCUUUGUCUCGGUCUUGGGGGGAUUUAUUGUAUGCUGUUCCAGUUCGACUGCUAGGAGUGUAAACCUUUCGUAUGGUUUUUCCUAUUCGGCUGUUUACAGCAUUCGUAUGGUUCCUGUUCGGCUGUUUACAGCAUUCAUAUGCUUCUCCGGUCCGGUGGAUUGGUGUCUACAGUAGGUGCCUGUAUAUCUGGAAGGGAAUAUCUUCUAAACGGCUUUUAACCCCUUUUAUGCCUGGGUGCCGUUACACCUUAUACAUGAUCUUUGUCAAGUAGCUCAUUGCAGUGAAGACUGUUUCUGGUGAAAAAAAUCUGUCUGUGCUUUGUUUCUGUUUGUACAGAUUGUAUGUUAUUGUUCAUUCACCUGUCCCAAACACUUCUACAUGAUGUUAUGUUCCAUGUAAAGCAAACCAGUCAAAGAAACAGUUGCAAAGUUUGUGGCUAUAAUUGUAGACGUUAGUGAACCAAUAAUCUUAAUAAUGACAGGAGACGGCUAUUUUGCGUAUCUCUAUUUACUGCACUCCAAACAGCGGCACAUACCAAGCAUAGAACAACCAAUCAAAAAAGACAGAAGUCAAGGUUCUGCCAGCACUAACAACAUCUCUUUAUUUUAUGCGUAAAAUAAUUGUAAGGAAUGGUAACAGAAACAGUGAAAUAACCGAGACGAUCAAACAUGUAACAGCGUUCUAAGGAAUCAUAGAACUGGUAGCAGAGCCGGAAAUGAAGAAUGAUAAUCAAAGUGUUCCCCGUGCAAAUGAAGAAGUUCAUACUGAAAGAAAAGAAAAUGUGUGAAAGAUAAUUGUAAUGAUGCAUUAUAACCAUAAGCAGCCACUUAUUAGUAGGUAAAUACAACUAUUAAAAUGCAAUACAACUAAUUUACAAUAGAUAAAUAUAUUAUAUUCAUAUAUAUUAAUUGUGGCGGAACCAACCUCGCCACUAUGCACUGGAGAAGCCUGGUUGCCAGCCUCCUGCCAUGUGACUAUGGCCCCUGGGAUGUAUUGCCCUUUAAAGACAUGAUUUGGGCAUAAUGGAUUUGUGUUGUGCUGCUGCUAGCCCUUUUAAGAACCAUCUGGGGACAUACUGUGGAGUUACUGGGUGGCCACCAUUUCCUGUAUCAGAAGCACAUGGUGAGAACAAUGGAUGGCGGCCAUUUUAACUCACAGACACUGUGUGGACUUUUCAACACGGUGCCAUCUCGCCAGUAUUUGUUGCACAGAGACAUCGUGCGGUGGUUUUGGACUAUACAGCAGGGGACACAUUAUACAGUGAUUGUUUUUAUUUAGCCUGUAUAUGUUCUGCAGAAUCUGCAUUAAACUGUAUUUUCCAAAGUACUGAACGGAUCUGGGUGAAUUUUGGCUAUGUGGUUCACCCAGAUCCCCCAGUUCCAAUGAUAUACCUUUUAUGGGGUUAUUGCAUGUUUUGGGGUCCCUGUGAUGUGUUUUAUGAAACUGUAUUUCUCUGGCUGUGAUAAUUAGAUUACCCAUUGGGGAGGAUUUUGUGUGGGAGUGUCUGUGUGUAUUGUAUGGAUUGAUUGGCUGUUUUGUAACGCCCUGUGUGCUGUACUAUGCUUGUGGAUUGGGAAUAAAAGAGACUGUAUGUGACAGUACAGGGAGUUCCUGUUUUAACCCUCAAAGUGAAGUGUCGUCUCAUUAUUGGGGGAAGGAUUCAUUGUAUGCUGUUCCAGUUUGAAUGCUAGGAGAGUAAACCUAUUCGUAUGUUCCUAUUCAACUGUCUACAGCAUUCAUAUGCUUGGGAGAAUUUAUUUGUUUCUCCGGUUCGGUGAUUGUGGUGGCUGCUGCAGUGCUUGGAGUCCUCAGGAAGCGCUAGGAGCAUCCUUCAACGGAGGUACCCAGUCGGGGUGCCAGGUGAUCCGUUACAUUAAUAUCAAGGAAAUAAAACAAUAUCAUAAAACCAACAUGUUAUAAACCUUAAGAAAGACAAUCAGUUCUCACCCAAGUAGGUUUGGGGGGAAAUAUGUCCUCCUAUAAAAUUAUAGGUAUAGUAACGUUAGCAUAAUCUACCAUUUUACUGCCAUUUUAUGACAAGUAGCUUCAUAUGUUGAUUUUUUAACACCAAGAAAGCAGAGAAAAAGAAGUAAUGAAAAUAGAAAACUGAAAAUAGUUUCUUCUUGAGUCCAAUCUGCCAAAUGCAUGAUACAUGCAAGGGAUGCACCCGACGAAAAAGCAUUCAAUGCCGUUGUGACCUGAACCAAAUGAGCCCCGAAAAAAAGAGGUCCACUCCCACUAGUGUAAGGAGCCAGCAGAUCCAUCUCACCAAAGAAGUAAAAGAAACUGAUUGAACAUCUGAAAGGAGGAGUUGACCCGUCCGUGACUGUCGCAAAAGAGUGGUAACCUCUAAGUAAUGUAAGAUCGCCUUAAUGCUUAAAGUUGAGGAUCGUCAUGAAAAUAUGGAUACAAAUCUGUAGAAGAAUCUGAUAUUAGUUGGCCGAGAAUGCGAAAAAGUAAUGACAAAUCAAGGGAUCCUGUCGACAGGAAUCCCUUGAAUGGGAAUGUGAGCAGAGGAGAUAGCCAAUCUCAUCAAGUUAAUAGAAUGAUAAGAGCGACCUAAGUUAAAUAAAUGUGACAAGAAAUUCUGAAUGACGGGCACAGACGCUGUUAAGGGAUCGAAGUUUGUGUCCAAACACCAACUAUUCCCGGAAUUCCAUGAGAUGGUAUAAUCUUGUUCCUGGAGCCUAUGAGUCCAAGAGUAAGUUCUUAGUUGCUUGAUAAGCCGUCAACAUUCCCGGAGGCCUAGCAACUGUCCAAGUCACCAGAAGUAGAUGAUCUUAUGGUAUAAGGGUCACUGAGAGGACCAGUGAGCGGGAGAGGAAAUGUAAGUAGAAGAAGAGGGUCCUUGAGAGAUAAUUUGAGAGGGUCCAGGAACAAGGCUUGGUACUGCCAGUCAGAAGCUGUCAGGAGAAGGGACACCUGUUGGGAAUAGAUCUGAUGAAGCACUCUCACCAACAUCAAGAAUGGUGGGAAGGCAUACCCCCUUGGUUUGGCCAAUCUUGAAAGAACAUCUCCACUGCAAUCUGAAUCUGGGAGUUAAAGUAAAAUAUUGGUAAUUGACAAUUCGUCCAGGAAGUGAAAAGAUCCACCAUGAGAGGGCCUUGCAGCUUGUAUAGGAAGUGGAAGUCAGACAGGACCAGGCGUCAAUCUCUGCUUCCAGCUUGGUCACCUUUGGAAGAUGCUCCGGCUUGAGAGUGAUGUUUUGUGUGAGGCAAAAAGUGUAAAUGUCCUUUAUGACCUCCAAGAAAGCUUGCGACCUGGCUCCCAUCAGUCAAUUUAUAUAAUGGACCACCGAUAUAAUGUCCAUCACAGCCAUAUAUGGAAAAUAGAUAGGAUCAUGAAGUACAAACUUGGGCGGGUGCGCCUGUUCCAAAAUAAAAUUUAUUUUAAUACUUUAGGAUUAAACUAACAGAAAUUUGUGGAAACAGGCUUUUGGAAGUUCCUCACUUGCCUAAAGCAGUUUUUGGAAAUGGAAAAAUGAUUCAGGCUUGGUAAAGGGAGUAACUGCUGAUAUAAAUAAAUAUGAAUUUCUGUUAGUCCAGUAAAAUAGAUAUUAAAAUAAACUGCAAUAUGUCAUUAUUUUGCAUUUGCUUAGGUAUCAUAACUAGAAUGGUUAAUGACAGAUAGCAGCUUUAGUCAGUGAAAGCUUUUUUAUUUAUUCAUUAAUGUUUUGUUUUGUUUUUUUAAUAUGUUUAUGAAAUCAUUACAUUGCAAUUUUCAUACAAUGCAUGUAUAGCAUAUUGGGACAGAGCACAGUUAUUAACAAGUGAUCAGAUCAAUUAUUGUCAUCCCGAAUAAAUAGACUGUUAGUGAACAAAUAAAACACUAACCUCAAAUAGGAAGGACCAGAGAGGGCUGAUCCAUCCCAAAAGAAGUUCCAAAGAAACAACUGGGAGUGCCAGAUCUUUAGAAAGGAGGAGGAAGGAAUUCUUUUUAAGAAUGUUAUCAGUACCUUCCAAAGUUACACUUUGUAUAGUGGAGGACGGCUGUUUGAGAUAUCUUAAAAAACACAUUUUGUUCUUGUUUGGUGACUGCUGUAGUAGGUUAUUUAUCAGCAAUAUAACACGCCAUUGCAAAGUACCAUUCCUCGAGAAGGUCAGACUCCUAGGAUAUAUAUGUCAGCAUAGGGUGAAUACAUACAGAUAGAAAUAUGACCAGGUAUAAUACAACUGGGGCCAGAGAGCAGUGAAAUUAUAAAAUAAGAGGAAUAAUUUCUGAUGAUGCGGUUUCCUGCUCAGGUCUAGUCAAUGGUAGGGGAGACGGUGUUCAAUCUUUGUCUCAGCUGGCUCAGGAAUAAAAGAGGAGGAAGGCAGGAUGUGAAGACAGGAAUGGAGGCGACAGAGUACCCAAGGACUUUCUGGUGUGCAAUCUGGUGAUUUAGAGACUAGCCCAAUGCAAAUCUGGGUUUAUUACGUCAUGCUGGGCCUGCAAACAAAAAAUUAUACAUUUUAGACAUGGUCAUGACCAACACCAGAAUGGCAGCCUUGAAGUAUGACGCACGCUGGUGUACAUAGAGCUCGCUUUAGUAAGCUGUGGGCUACCUGGUAAGUCACAAUAAAAAUGCCAUGCACCCAUGAUAGUUACACAGCGUCAUUUCUUCUCUGAGUAACAAUAUUUUGAUGUUUAAUUUUAAAAAGGAUCUUCUGAACAACUUCCCUUUAUGUUAAAGCACAAAAUACAUUGCUUAAUAUGCAUGCUGAGAUAUGCACAGUGUUUGCAAGAAAAUACAUUCUGUAGAAUUAAACUUUAAAUCCUACUUUACUACUAUAUGUAACAUUUCAGAUUCCACUUACCAUCCAGGUUUCCAUAGUGUAGCCAGCAUCGGAAAUUCCAGUCACCUGUGAUCCAGGUCUCCAUAUUUUAUCCAUCAUCCAAGAUUCUAGUUACACAUGAUGUAGGUCUCCAUACUGUAUCCAACAUCCCAGAUUCCAGUUACUUGUAUUCCCAGUCUCCAUACUCAUCCAUCAUCCCAGAUUCCAGCUACCAGUAUUCCAUGUCUCCAUACUGUAUCCAUCAUCGCAGAUUCCAGCCACCUGUAUUCCAGGUCUCCAUACUUUAUCUGCCAUUCCAGAUUCCAGUUACAUGUGAUCCAGGUCUCCAUACAGUAUCCAUCAUCCUGGAUUCCAGGUACACAUGAUCUAGGUCUCCAUACUGUAUCCAACAUCCAAGAUUCUAGUUACCUGUAUUUCAGGUCUCCAUACUGUAUCCAACUUCUCAGAUUCCAGUCACCUGUGAGCCAGGUACUGCAGUACAGAGGAGCAACCAGUGAAAUGCAUCAUUCUCUUGCAGUGUGAUAACUGUUAUAAUAUAGCUCAGCUCUGGUUGUUCCUCUGUGGGCAUCACGGCUUUUCAGUUCACAGAAUGUCAUUUUUGGUCUUCUAAAGCAGUUUUUUUUUUUUUUUAAGCAAUUAAUAACUACCUUUCUCCUUUUUCUGUUGUUUCAGUUAAAGGAUCAAGAAAGUUAAGUCUGCCAACAGAUCUUAAGACUGAUCUUGGUACGGUAGGCAAACGCCAAGAGCUAUAAGCUUCCUCACCUUCAUUGGCAAAACAUUUUACCAACCAGCCCAUGAGACUCCAAGGUCUUCUUUCUAAGGCACUCUAACUUAUCCAUGCAGCUCUGUUGGCAGUAUUCAGCUUCUGCAACACUCAUUCUCUUUGGCCACCUUCUAUAAACCAUUUCCUAGCUGUCACACAUUAAAACAAACAUAAUGAAAGAAAACUAAGCAUGUGUUCGAAAUGCAUACAUCAGCAGCAGUGCACAUCAUCAAUAUACCUUCAUUGUCUCAGAGCAAAAAAAACAUUCAAAGGCUUUCAAAAGCCAUUUUUUCAUGCUCACUUUACAAACAAAAUGCAUCAGUUAACCCAUGAUUUGCUUUUAUUUGCUUCAUUUAUAAAUCAAUAUUUUUUUAUCCUUAAAGUUUAAUAUAAUGUGGAUUUCUGCUUAGCAGGGAGAAACCUUGGAUUUUAGGGGGUUUAGCAGGUUUAGUCUCUAUUACAAAUAGUUGAUGUACUCACCUUCAAUAAUGGACUUCAAUGUUUGUGUUCUUAUUUUUGUUUUAAACAAACAUGUGUAAUGUGUCUCUACACUGCAUGGUAUAGUGACCCUCCCAGACUUUAUUGGUUGCUUUAAGUAGUUGCUUUUGGCUUUUACAGGUAGUGUUGAAUGUAAAGUAGGGACAGCUCAUUGAUCAGGGUUGGUAAAGACCCAAAAACAUGCAUGAGAACAAAUAUUUAAGGAAUGGAUACUGAAGGUGCGGUAAGUCUGUGUGAGGUGUUUUUAUACCCCUUCUCAUAAUUAAGAAAAGGAAAAGACAGUAAGGAGAGGGAUUAUGCUGGGGCUAAGUGAUGACUGGUGUUAAGAGCUUAUCUGGUACCAUCAUGGGGACAAAUAUGGCUGGAGGAGGACUGAUCUACAUGCGGGCAAUAAAUUUCAUUACAAACAUGCCAUACCAAAGGUCGAGUAUGGAAAUAUGUUUGGGCACGGGAGUAUAAUAACAGGAGGAUGCCGUAUGCAUUCUUCAAACUUUUGCAGAGAGAAUAUAAGUAUUUUAGACAUAACACUCAAGGGGGGAGUUUCAAAUGACUGCUCUGAGUUGGUAUCAAAAUGGGUGCUAGUAAGGGUGCCAGAGGGAGUGCUAGAGAAGAUUGUGAGGUGGUUGUAGAAUUAUGUGAGGGUGUCAAAAAGAGUCUCAUUGAGUGAUAGUGUGGGAGGUAGGAUAGAAACAUAGAAUGUGACAACAGAUAAGGACCAUUCGGCCCAUCUAGUCUGCCCAAUUUUCCAAAUACUUUCAUUAGUCCUGGCCUUAUCUUAUAUCUAGGAUUUUAAUGGGAUUGUUAGUGUCAGUGGUCAGCUAUCAGCUAGGGUGUCAAAAUGCACGUCAGUGUGGUUGAUGGGAUGUGAGAAAGUGUCAUUUUAGGUGGCAAAUGGCAGAAUGCCAAAGAGAGUGAAAUAAUGUCUGUCAUUGUGGGUGGCAGGGUGGAAUGGAGGAUGUCAUGAUGGUAAUCAAUAUCAAUGUCGGUGGCAGGAUGGAAUGGAGGAUGUCAGGAUGGUUAUAUUUGUGGGUGGCGGGAUGGAAUGGAGGAUGUCAGGAUGGAUAUCAAUGUCGGUGGCAGGGUGGAAUGGAGGAUGUCAGGAUGGUUAUCAUUGUGGGUGGCAGGAUGGAAUGGAGGAUGUCAGGAUGGUUAUUGUUGUGGGUGGCAGGAUGGUUAUUAUUGUGGUUGGAAGGAUGGAAUGGAGGAUGUCAGGAUGGUUAUAUUUGUGGGUGGCGGGAUGGAAUGGAGGAUGUCAGGAUGGUUAUCAAUGUCGGUGGCAAGAUGGAAUGGAGAUGUCAGGAUGGUUAUCAUUGUGGGUGGCAGGAAGGAAUGGAGGAUGUCAGGAUGGUAAUCAAUAUCAAUGUGGGGCAGGAUGGAAUGGAGGAUGUCAGGAUGGUUAUCAUUGUGGGUGGCAGGAUGGAAUGGAGGAUGUCAGUAUGGUUAUUAUUGUGGGUUGCUGGAUGGAAUGGAGGAUGUCAGGAUGGUUAUAUUUGUGGGUGGCAGGAUGGAAUGGAGGAUGUCAGGAUGGUUAUUAUUGUGGGUGGCAGGGUGGAAUGGAGGAUGUCAAGAUGGUUAUCAUUGUGGGUGGCAGGAUGGAAUGGAGGAUGUCAGGAUGGUUAUAUUUGUGGGUGGCAGGAUGGAAUGGAGGAUGUCAGGAUGGUUAUCAUUGUGGGUGGCAGGAUGGAAUGGAGGAUGUCAGGAUGGUUAUCAAUGUUGGUGGCAGGGUGGAAUGGAGGAUGUCAGGAUGGUUUUAAUUGUGGGUGGCAGGGUGGAAUGGAUGAUGUCAGGAUGGUUAUAUUUGUGGGUGGCAGGGUGGAAUGGAGGAUAUCAGGAUGGUUAUCAUUGUGGGUGGCAGGGUGGAAUGGACGAUGUCAGGAUGGUUAUCAAGGUGGGUGGCAGGAUGGAAUGGAGGAUGUCAGGAUGGUUAUUAUUGUGGGUUGCUGGAUGGAAUGGAGGAUGUCAGGAUGGUUAUUCUUGUGGGUGGCAGGAUGGAAUGGAGGAUGUCAGUAUGGUUAUUAUUGUGGGUUGCUGGAUGGAAUGGAGGAUGUCAGGAUGGUUAUAUUUGUGGGUGGCAGGAUGGAAUGGAGGAUGUCAGGAUGGUUAUUAUUGUGGGUUGCUGGAUGGAAUGGAGGAUAUCAGGAUGGUUAUCAUUGUGGGUGGCAGGAAGGAAUGGAGGAUGUCAGGAUGGUUAUUGUGGGUGGCAGGGUGGAAUGGAGGAUGUCAGCAUGGUUAUAUUUGUGGGUGGCAGGAUGGAAUGGAGGAUGUCAGGAUGGUUAUUAAUGUCGGUGGCAGGGUGGAAUGGAGGAUGUCAGGAUGGUUAUUGUGGGUGGCAGGAUGGAAUGAAGGAUGUCAGGAUGGUUAUUGUGGGUGGCAGGAUGGAAUGGAGAAUGUCAGGAUGGUUAUUAUUGUGGGUUGCUGGAUGGAAUGGAGGAUGUCAGGAUGGUUAUAUUUGUGGGUGGCAGGAUGGAAUGGAGGAUGUCAGGAUGGUUAUCAAUGUCGGUGGCAGGGUGGAAUAGAGGAUGUCAGGGUGGUUAUAUUUGUGGGUGGCAGGAAGGAAUGGAGGAUGUGAGGAUGGUUAUCAUUGUGGGUGGCAGGGUGAAAUGGAGGAUGUCAGGGUGGUUAUUAUUGUGGGUGGCAGGAAGGAAUGGAGGAUGUCAGGAUGGUUAUUGUGGGUGGCAGGAUGGAAUGGAGGAUGUCAGGAUGGUUAUUAUUGUGGGUUGCUGGAUGGAAUGGAGGAUGUCAGGAUGGUUAUAUUUGUGGGUGGCAGGAUGGAAUGGAGGAUGUCAGGAUGGUUAUCAAUGUCGGUGGCAGGGUGGAAUAGAGGAUGUCAGGGUGGUUAUAUUUGUGGGUGGCAGGAAGGAAUGGAGGAUGUGAGGAUGGUUAUCAUUGUGGGUGGCAGGGUGGAAUGGAGGAUGUCAGGGUGGUUAUUAUUGUGGGUGGCAGGAAUAUGGUCUCAUGGUUGGGACGUAAGUAACAAAUGCUCCUACUCCCCAACCUGCAAAUGCAAUCCCUCGCCAGAUGCCUGUGGAUGGUUAUUGUGGGUGGCAGGGUGGAAUGGAGGAUGUCAGAAUGGUUAUUAUUGUGGGUUGCUGGAUGGAAUGGAGAAUGUCAGCAUGGUUAUUGUGGGUGGCAGGGUGGAAUGGAGGAUGUCAGAAUGGUAAUUAAUGUUGGUGGCAGGAUGGAAUGGUUGAUGUCAGGAUGGUUAUCAUGGUGGGUGGCAGGAUGGAAUGGAAGACAAAUAGGAUGGUUAUCAAUGUCAGUGGCAGGAUGGAAAUGGAUGAUGUCAGGGAUGGUUAUUCUUUUGUGGGGUGGCAGGGGAAGGAAAUGGAGGGGGAUGCCGAUGGUUAUUGUGGGUGGCAGGUGGAAUGGAGGAUGUCAGGAUGGUUGGUCAGGUGGUAAGUGGAAUGGAGGAUGUCAGGAUGGUUAUUGUGGGUGGCAGGGUGGAAUGGAGGAUGUCAGGAUGGUUAUUGUGGGUGGCAGGGUGGAAUGGAGGAUGUCAGGAUGGUUAUUCUUGUGGGUGGCAGGAAGGAAUGGAGGAUGUCAGGAUGGUUAUUCUUGUGGGUGGCAGGAAGGAAUGGAGGAUGUCAGGAUGGUUAUUCUUGUGGGUGGCAGGAAGGAAUGGAGGAUGUCAGGAUGGUUAUUGUGGGUGGCAGGAUGGAAUGGAGGAUGUCAGGAUGGUUAUUGUGGGUGGCAGGGUGGAAUGGAGGAUGUCAGGAUGGUUAUUAUUGUGGGUUGCUGGAUGGAAUGGAGGAUGGUUGGGUGGUGGGAUGGUGGGAUGGCAUACAUAUUGUAAGAAUGGUGUCAUAAGGGGGGCAGAAUGUCAAGAAAUAGGUCAGAGUAGGAGUUAAACUGUCUGUUAGGUUGUUAAUGUUUUUGACAGAAUGCAAGUUACAAUGUCUAGAUGUCUCAGAGGGUAUCAUAAUAGGUGUGAAAAUAUCAAAGUGUUCACUAUAUGUAAGCAUGGGUUUCAGAAUGUCAAAGAGGGCAUCCACGUGGAUCUAGUCACUAACUUAAAAGAGUUUGAGUUUGAUGGAGAAAAGAUUGUAUUACUUAUUUAAGGGUAAGGGUGAAAAAAUACACCCAAAAUCUGUUCAAAGUUAACUAACUCAAACUGAGUACGGAAAUAUGCAAUACCCUUAAGUCCUGGAGGGGAAAAUACAGUUCAUGGUUGGGAUGUAAAACAAAUGCUCCUACUCCCCAACCUGCAAUAACUCGUCAGAUCCUUACCUAUCCAACCUCCGGUCUCACCUCUAUGCAAAGCCAGAUGGAAAAAUACAUUACCCAAGGCCGCAGGGCAAGAAUACCAUUAUACAGUAAAACACAAGUUACAGUGGGAGGUUUUUAAAAGCCCAAACUAAAUGUAUUACCAAACAGCAGCAUUAAGUCUAGUGAUCACAUUACAAAAAGGGGAGGAGAACUUACAAUGGGCUGUGAUAGAAACUUUUUGGACCAUGAUUUUUUGAUUUUUUGACUCAUGAACUCUGCUUGACCCGAAACACCAUAUAUAUGACUGACCACUGCUCUCUCACUUAGGGUAUGGGAUUAAUAUCCAUAAAACCUAUGCAUAUACCAACCCCUGGCAACCUAUCCCUGCUGCUUUAAUUACUUGAUUCCCACAUUCAAAAACAGAAAAUGUGCUGUGGCUUGAUCGUUUUGUUUCAAAUUUGGAAAAGGAGUUAAAUUAAUACCUUUCGAUUAACUAACACAGGAAUAAAAUCUACCAAGAGGGGCCUCUUUCUCUUACUUACAACUGCAAUCUUACCCAACAUCCCAUCCACUAAAACACUGGAUCAGGGGUCAAGUCCUGGGGAAAAAAGUGUGGGAACUCACCCAAGAUUCCCGCCGCCCCCCCCCCCCUUUAAAAAAAAAAAAAAAUUACACUCCUAUGCAUAUAGUGCAGUGCAGGGUGUGUAUAAUGAAUGUAGUGUGUUUGUAGUGAAUGCAGAGUGUGUAUAAUGAAUGCAGUGUGUUUUUAGUGAGUGCAGAGUGUGUACACUGAAUGCAGUGUGUUUGUAGUGAAUGCAGAGUGUGUAUAGUGAAUGUAGUGUGUAGUGAGUGCAGAAUGUGCAUAGUGAAUGUAGUGUGUAGUGAGUGCAGAAUGUGCAUAAUAAAUGCAGAGUGUGUAUAGUGAAUGCAGAGGGUGUAUAGUGAAUGUAGUGUGUUUGUAGUGAGUGAAGAGUGUGUAUAAUGAAUGCAGUGUGUGCGUGUGCGCGCUGGAUGAUGUGUGUGUGAGUGCUGGAUGAUGUGUGUGCGAGUGCUGGAUGAUGUGUGUGUGAGUGCUGGAUGAUGUGUGUGUGUGUGCUGGAUGAUGUGUGUGUGUGCUGGAUGAUGUGUGUUCGAGUGCUGGAUGAUGUGUGUUCGAGUGCUGGAUGAUGUGUGUUCGAGUGCUGGAUGAUGUGUGUGUGGGUGCUGGAUGAUGGGUGUGUGAGUGAGUGCUGGAUGAUGGGUGUGUGAGUGCUGGAUGAUGGGUGUGUGAGUGAGUGCUGGAUGAUGUGUGUGUGGGUGCUGGAUGAUGGGUGUGUGAGUGCUGGAUGAUGGGUGUGUGAGUGAGUGCUGGAUGAUGGGUGUGUGAGUGUUGGAUGAUGGGUGUGUGAGUGAGUGCUGGAUGAUGGGUGUGUGAGUGAGUGCUGGAUGAUGUGUGUGUGUGGGUGCUGGAUGAUGGGUGAGUGAGUGCUGGUGUGUGAGUGCUGGAUGAUGGGUGUGUGUGUGCGUGUGCUGGAUGAUGUGUGUGUGCGUGUGCUGGAUGAUGGGUGUGUGUGCUGGAUGAUGGGUGUGUGUGUGCUGGAUGAUGGGUGUCUGAGUGCUGGAUGAUGGGUGUGUGAGUGCUGGAUGAUGGGUGUGUGUGUGCUGGAUGAUGGGUGUGUGUGUGCUGGAUGAUGGGUGUGUGUGUGCUGGAUGAUGGGUGUGUGUGUGCUGGAUGAUGGGUGUGUGUGUGCUGGAUGAUGGGUGUGUGUGUGCUGGAUGAUGGGUGUGUGUGUGCUGGAUGAUGGGUGUGUGAGUGCUGGAUGAUGGGUGUGUGUGUGCUGGAUGAUGGGUGUGUGAGUGCUGGAUGAUGGGUGUGUGUGUGCUGGAUGAUGGGUGUGUGAGUGCUGGAUGAUGGGUGUGUGUGUGCUGGAUGAUGGGUGUGUGAGUGCUGGAUGAUGGGUGUGUGUGUGCUGGAUGAUGGUUGUGUGAGUGCUGGAUGAUGGGUGUGUGUGUGCUGGAUGAUGGGUGUGUGGUGCUGGAUGAUGGGUGUGUGAGUGCUGGAUGAUGGGGGGGGGGAGCAUUUUUUUUAACUUUAUGUGUCUAUAUUUUUUUAUUUUAUUCCCCCCUCCCUGCUUCUUACCUUGUCAGGGAGGGGGGAGAUCGCCUGGUGGUCCGGUGGUAUGCUGGAGGGAGGCAGCCGCUGCACAGAGGGGCCAUCACACGCAGUGUUCCCUCUCCAGCUCUAACUCUCGCGAGACUCGCCUGUGCGGAGCGUUGCCAUGGUAACAGCCGCGGGUCUCGCGAGAGUUAUAGCUGGAGAGGGAACACAGCGUGUGCUGGCCCCUCUGUGCAGGUAGCAGGGCCGGUCCUGCAGGACAGGUAACGGGAACGGCGUUCCUGCUGUGGAAAAAGUGCAGGAACGCCGUUCCCAUGCGUUCCUGCAGGACUCGAGCCCUGCACUGGAUACAUCUGUUACCCAACUAUCUAAUUUUGAAAAACUGUGUUCAAAUAACUAUCCCAAAAGAAGUGAAUUACUGUGUGCUAUAAUUAAAUCACCAAACCUGAUACACAGUUUCUCAUAAAAUUUGCUAAGGCAUGAAAGAACGACUUGGGACAUGGCUUAUCCCUGGAACAGGGAGGUUGGAAUUUGGAAUACUCAAAGCACUAAUUGCUACUCUCAUUUAAAAAUAUUCUCAGAAAAAUAGCCUAUAGAUGAUACUUAGUACCCACAUGAUUAGCACUUAUGAGAGCAUCAUACUCUAAUCUUUGUUGAAGAUACAUAGCAAGUCCCAGAACGAGGUUCCACAAUGAUGGUCUGCUCAUUAAUCAUUUUGGCAUACAAUUAGACACAGUAACCAAAAUUAUAAGACAACCAAUCCUACUGAAAGCGGAGUAGUUUCUGCUGUUUAUGUUUACCCCAAUUGUAUCAAGAGACACAGAUCCUGAGUUUGAUCCUUAUAGCAUCAAACCUUCUAAUUGCUAGAAAGUGGGCCUCCACUCAAAUCCCCAAAGCUACAGCACAGUUAACAAGCGAGAGAAUGGCAUUUGCCAACUCCGAUAGACAUUACAAAACUGUUAGAGCAUGGGAUGAAUGGGAGGAAAAUAAAGCCACAUUAUAAAACAUAAUCUUGGCAUGGGAUGUUUUAACAUACAGAGCUCAAUAACAUAGAGUGGUCAAGGGGUACAUGCAAGUAAUACUAUCCCCCCUGAGAAGGUUUACAAGAGGGAUGGAGAAUGAGAGAAAAGGAAGAACUUACAGCAAGGGGCAUUACUACAGGUUCAUAUUAGGAACACUAACUAACUAUUGUGAUAGCUACAUAUGUUCUGUGGGGACGGGCAACCUCCCUUUCUACUAGACGACACAUAAUUCUAGACAUUUCUCCAUUUUCUUUUCUUUUUCUACUGCUUUUUUCCCCUCUCCCCAUCGGCAGAUUGGGCACCAGGGAAAGGAGGUAGUUCGCCUCUUUCCCCAGCAGCAGAGUGUGUUUCAGGGAGAGGGUGGAGGAGACACCUCGACCAAGUGGCAGGAGGAACUUCAGAGAGAUAUGGUAGUCGUCCUCCAUAUUAUAUGUUCUAACUAUUUACUAUAACCCUAGCGCCCAAGCAUAACUUAAUGCUUCCUGCAGGCAGGGGAAGCCAGGAUGUGACCUUUUUAUCCCAGCUGCCUCCUGCCUGUGAACACCGGAAGCCCUCUGCUCACAGUGCACGUGUCCCCUGCUCCCCCAUUACAAACCAGGAAAUUUCCUGCAGGCUAGAGGCUGGUCCCCUUCUCAUCCAGUCACAGCACUUAAAUCUUGCCCAUCUGGAGGAUUUGUGCAUGGUUGUAAAUUUGUGUGUGUAAAUAAAGUGUGACUAUAUGUAAAUUGGUGUUAGGACAUUGUGUGUGUAUGCCAGUAAGAGUGUGUAAGUUAGUGUGUUAGUGACAUUGUGUGUGUAUGUCUGUGAAAGUGUGUGUGUGUGUGCCAGUAAAUAUAUGUGUGUCAUCAUGGAAAUGUAUCCUUAUUUAUUAAAUUAAAUUUAUGAUAUAUAUUAUAUUGUCAAACAAGUUCACUGUAACAUAAAUUAAAUACCACCAUUUUUAUAAAUUAAAUUCACCAAAUAAAUUGAAUACAUCAUUUAUCACAUUGAUAAAUCAUGUAUCCAAUGUAAAAUGUAUUAGGCAGUAUGUGUUUAUGGAUAUAUGUAUUAUGCAGUAUGUGUGUAUGGAUGUGUGCAAUAGACAGUGUGUGUGUAUGGUUCAUUGUAUUGUUAGGCAGCGUGCAUGUAUGAAUGAUGUAUUGGGCACUGUGUGUGUGUGUGUAUGUAUUGGGCAGUGUGUGUGUGGAUGUGUGCAUUAGGCAGUAUUUAUGGACGUAUGUAUUAGGCAGUAUGUGUGUAUGGAUGUGUGUAAUAGACAGUGGAUGUGUAUGGUUUGUGUAUGGUUUGUUGUAUUGUUAGGCAGCGUGCAUGUAUGAAUGAUGAAUUGGGCACUGUGUGUGUAUGUAUGCAUUGAGCAGUGUGUGUGUGUGUGUAUGUGUGUGUGGAUGUAUGCAUUAGGUAGUAUUUAUGGACGUAUGUAUUAGGCAGUAUGUGUGUAUGGAUGUGUGUAAUAGACAGUGUGUGUGUAUGGUUCAUUGUAUUGUUAGGCAGCAUGCGUGUAUGAAUGAUGUAUUGGGCAGUGUGUGUGGAUGUGUGCAUUAGGCAGUAUUUAUGGACGUAUGUAUUAGGCAGUAUGUGUGUAUGGAUGUGUGUAUUGGGCAGUUUGUAUGUAUUGGGCAGUGAGUGUGUGUGGAUGUAUGUAUUAGGCAGUGUGUGGCGAAACCAGCCUCGCCACUGUCCACUGGAGGAGCCUGGUUGCUUGCCUGCUGCCUUUAGACUAUGGCCCCAUGUUGAAACGCUUGAUUUUCCCCUGCAGAGACACGAAAGCCAGGUCACUUGGGUCUUGCCCUGUUUGAGCAGUGUUACCCCAGAUAGCUAUGCCAUGGAGCCCAUUCGUAUAAUGAAAGACUAUGGGAAAGACUCUGGCUCCAUGGCAAUUGAGUGUGAUCUGAGUGCCAUUCAGUAAUAAUCUGCGCUCAGAUCUAAGCUAUCUGGGGAUAUGUUGAAUGUACCUGUUUUAUGCAAUAGCUGAACAGUUAUAUAUUUUUAUGUAUUUUAUUGUCUUUUGCUGCCAUGUGUUCAAUGGAGUUUUGUCUCUGUCCUUGGAGAUAAUUGGAUUACUUCCCAAUUAUCUUCAGGAUAGAAGACUCUGUGGAACUGGUUUUGGGCAGAAAAGCCAUGCUUCAUUUGGUCACAAAGGACUUUGAUCUAUCUUUUGAACCAAUGGACCAAUUUGGAUGAUUUUGACAUAUGUUUGUAUUUGGAGUAUGCUGAUGUGAUGUAUAUUAUGAAUAAUGUGGAAAAACUGUAUUUCUCUGCCUGUGAUAAUUACAUUACAAAUUGUGUAAGGUAAUUGUAUCACAGGCAGAGGGGAGGAUUUUGUGUGGGAGUGUCUGAGUGUAUUGUACAUGUUUAUUGGUUGUUUUCCAAAACCCUGUGGGUGGUACUAAUGUGUAAGAAUGUGUAUAUAAGAACAAUAAACCCACAGCUCUGUCUGAUUCUGCUUGACCCUCAAAAUGAAGUGUUGUCUCGUUAUUGGGGGAAUUGGAUUGUAUGCUGAUUGCCAGGAGUGUAAGUUGAUUAUAUGCUUUUCCUGUUCGGCUGGUUCCAGUGUUCGUGUGUUUCCUGUUCGGGAGUUGGAAGAUUCGUGUAAUUUGCAGUUCGGGAGAUUGGUGCUUGUGACAGACCCAUCCGUAUGGACUAAGAUUGCUGGAUUCGUCUGUUUGCUUGUUUCACGAAUUCCCCCAUUCGUAUGCCUGGAUUUAAGUGAAUUGACUUUUUUUACCGAACAAAACUGUCGAACGGACGGCCACCCAGAAGAGAAGUGUGCUGCUGGUUAACCUAUUGAUCCCAAUUAGAACGUUGCGGUUAACCACAGACACUUCUCAAUUAAAACCGAAUACAGGGUGGUCGUCGUUCAACCGCUGAUGCCGUCGACCUCCCUUCUCCAAUCGACAGAAGUGUGCGAACACCGGCCGUUUGGGAGAUUUAAAGGCACGAAUGGACUUACCCCAGAUAGCCUUCCCAUGGAGUCAAUCGCAUACCGAAGAACUGUAAUAGACUUUGACUCCAUGGCGAUUGAACUAUGCGUAUGGGAUCUGAGCGCUAUUCGCCAAUAAUAUGCACUCAGAUCCAGGCUAUCUGGGGAUGUGUUACACGAAUGAGAAAUGUUCGGCAGUUAUAAAGUUAUAUAUUUUUAUGUGUUUUAUGAUUUGUAUUUAAAAUGGCGAUUUGCCUCUGCUCUGGGAGAUAAUUGAAUUACUUCUCAAUUAUCUCCCGGGCAGAGGGGAGGAAACUGUGAUGUAUGCUGGGAAUAUUGUGUGACUGUAUGUCCUGAAAUGCCAUAUGUCCAUCUGCUAUUCCAGUCUCCCAUUUGGUCCCCUAGGGGAGUGUCCACCAAGUGGGAGACCUGCAUAAAUACGGGCGGGCAGCCCACAGUAAACUCAGUUCGUGUUUUACCCUCAAUGCGGAGCCUGGUCUCGUUAUUGGGGGGGAUUUUAUUACCGGCGACUAGAGACUGCUAUUUGGAAUUAUCAGCCGCUUGGGAGAUACCGGCGUUCGGCUGAUAUUGACGGUUCGUGAGCUUGGAGCUCGUGGAGGGAAGUUACCGUACGGAUACCGUUCGGGAGUUUGGAGUGUUCCCUUGCUGGCGGUUCGCAUGGUUGUAUUGGAUACGCUUACAGCCUACAUUAUUGCGAACGGGGAGCAUUCACUAUACGGCGGUUUGUACAUUUCAUGCUGAAGGUACCGUAACAGUGCUUGCAGUAGCUGUCUGUGCAUCUGAAAAGGGGAAUAUCGCCUAAACGGGUUUAACCUCUUGUGUGCAAAAUGGUCCGUUACACAGUGUGUAUGUGUAUGUAUUGGGCAGUGAGUGUGUGUGGAUGUAUGUAUUAGGAAGUAUGUGUAUGGAUGUAUGUACUGGAUGUGUGUGUGUUUAUAUUGGGCAUUGUAUCUCUUUCUUUCCCUAAAUCUCUGCUCACUGUGUCUCUCUCUCCUAAAAUGUCAACCAGUCUGUCUCUGUUUCGUGAAUACCUCAACAUUCUCUCCUUUCCCGAAUUGUCUCCCAGUUCUUUUUCCUUUCCCUAAAUUUCUCACCGGUGUGUCUGCUUUCCCUAAAUGUCUCUUCAGCCUGUUUUCUUCCCUAAAUGUCUUCCCAGUCUCACCGGUCCAUCUCUGUUUCCUAAAUGUCUUCUCAUUUUCCACUAAAUGUCUUGGCCCUUCUCUCUAUUCACUAUUCACUAGGUUCACAUCUGUUUUGGCCUAAAUGUUGCAAGUCAUAGUUUAACUCACUGUUUAAUGAAUAGACAAUGACGAGAAAACAAUAGAAAAUGACAAGACACCCGAAGAUUCAUAGAUAUAUUGGAAAUAAUGAAAAGGCAAAAAACCAAUCCCCUCGUAAAUUCAAACAAAGUAUCCUCUCCUUAUAUACAAACCCAACAGCUAGAGUUAUAAAUUCAGGGUUCCUGUCACGAAAGUUCUGCCUCGCUAAGAUGCUACGAGACAGGGCUGCCCCCUCUCUCCAUUAAUUUUUAUCAUGGUCCUUGAACUUUUACCACAAGCAUGUCAAGUCUAGCAAAUAAACAAGGUUUAAGUUUAUGCGAGCCUCAAAAAAACUUAAGUUUUCAUAGAAACUUAGGUUUAUUUUGAAAGGUACAGUAUAAAAAAAAAAAACAGAAACUCCCUCUACUAAAACACAGCACCCCCCUCUACUAAAUCCCAGUCCCCUGUCUACUAAAUCCCAGCACCCCCCUCUAGUCAACAAGCAGACUCCACUCACAUUGCUGCUGACAGUAUCCGACCCCAGAGCCCGGCCUCUGGUGUGCCCCAAAUGGCACCGUCCGCACUCUGUGCCAAAGCUACUUCUUGAAACCCUGUGAAGGUGGAGCACAUCGACGUCACGUCGGAAUGUGACGUGGCAUUGCGUGCCUCUGAGCACCUCCAAUGGGACAUGGCAUUGCGAGCCUCCGAGCACCUCCAGGUCCUCCACUGUCUAGCCGCGGCCAUCACAACACUGACCAACACACACACUCACUGACAGACACACACACACUGAGAGACACAUACUCACUGAUAUACACACACACACACACACACUGACAGACACACACACACACACUGGCAGACACACACACACACACUCACUGACAGACACUGGCAGACACACACACACACACACUCACUGACAGCCACACAGGCAGCCACACACACACAUUCACUGACAGACACACAGACAGACACACACACUCACAGACAGACACACACACUCACUGACAGACACACACAUUCACUCGCUGACAGACACACACAUUCACUCGCUGACAGACACACACACACACUCAUUAACAGUCAGACACACACACUCACUGACAGACACACACACUCACUCACUGACAGACACACAGAGACAGACACACACACACACACACUCUCACUGACAGGCACACUCACUAAAAGAAACAAACUGACUGACACACACACACACAUUUACACAUUCAUGCACACACUCACAUCAUUUUAUUUAUUGCUCCCUACCUUUGUGAGCUGUGUGGGGCUUCUCCCUGUGGUCAAGUGGGGAUCUUCUAUCUGGGGAUCUCCUUCCUGCCCCAUCGUGUGCAGUUUAGCGAUGCCUGGUGCCGCAAUAUGAUGUCAUAUUUUGGCACCCGGCAUCACCACAGAUGGCACGCGUGAGGGAGCAGUGAGGAGCAGGAAGACUGAGCUCCUCCAGCGACCUCUCUGAGUCCAGGCCGAGUAACUUUUAGCAGAGUAGGCACCUGCAAUGUGGAGAAAGCAGGUGCCUACUCUGCUUUAACACUAAGCAUGUACUCGCUGCUCACCAGGCCACAAAGAUGUUCAUUGUGGGCCACUAGUUUGACAUGCUUGCCUUAGCAUAUAAGAUAAUCAAGCAUGACCAAGUAAUGGGAUUAAGCACACAUAUGGGACCCCAAAAACUGGCUUUAUUUGAUAAUACUCACAACUCCACAUAAUGCAAUAACACUGCUAAUGGAUCUAUUGAAGGACUAUGGCACAGUGUCAUAUUAUAAAAACAUUACCAAAACCCAAGCUUUACCCAUAAAUAUGCAACAAUCAACUGUUCAAAAACUGAAAACUGAAUACCCAUUUGAGUGGAGAAAGGAUUCCAUAAAAUAUUUGGGAAUCCAGUUGUCAGUUUUGAAACAGGUUAUGAUUGAGAAUAACCAUUGUAAACUACUGCGAGAGGUACAAGAAACAUUAGAGCGCUGGGAUAGGGGUACUACCUCAUGGGUGGGACGGAUUAAUUCCGUUAAAAUGUGCAUUUUACCGCAGAUCUUAUUUUCUUUUCAGAACUAUACCAAUAAUGAUUCCUAAGUCAAUUAUAACAUACUUCCAGAAUACCAUUAAUGCACAUAUCUGGAAACGUAAACCCCUGAGGGUAUCAUUGAACACAAUGAGCUGCAAAAUGACAGUGUAACGGAGCUUCCUGUACCCCGGUUGGGUGCCUCCUCCGACGGAUGCUCCUAGUGCUCACCGAGGCCUCCAAGCACUCCACCAGACACCAUCAGCACUGCAGUCCCCACAUCUAGUGUUACAGCUUGGCUGGGACUUGCUGUCCUCUACCCACCCUGGACCUACGACAAGGCUCCAGGUUCCAGUGCGUGAACCUCUCCUCCAUGAGAGAGUAGCAGGAACAGCUCUUAAAAGAGCUUAGUGAUUGUAACGGAGCUCCAGUACUCCGACCGAGUACCUCCGCCAAGUCGGCUUCCUUGUAGCUAUCAGGGACCCUGAAACACUUCAGACCCAGACGCCGAGGCUUGACUGGGAUCACUUGGGGCCUUUUCCACCCUGGACCAAACACCAGACGACACAUGGUGAAGGUUAAACAGCAACUCUUUAAUGAAUACAGCACACAUAGUUUUAAGCCCCCAACAGCCUCAUUUACAUACAAUAGGUUACAUAGAUUACUAUAGUACAAGGAAGGGUGGGGUCAGACAACAGCAAGGGCUGAUGGGAGAUUGAGGAGUGACAGAACAGCUAGUUUAAACUGGUCUGGCAGUGUCUCUGGGACAAUGCCCUGCUGAGGAAACAAUAGGACAGGAAAAAGGGAGGAGGGGGAGGGGGAGAUGCACAGACCAGCAAUACAUUCAACAUACCCUGCACAAAUAAUAGGCACAAUGUGACAAAACACAAAAGGAAUUUGGGAGCCCACCCAUAGUGUCUUUCUUCCAUCCCCAGUGAUGGUGACUACCGUCACAUAUCUUCCCCCUCAAAGGUAGACUAACCAGGUACCAGACCUCCAAUCGGUCUGUGCCUUAGUUAGUCGGGUAAUAAGUCCCAAAAAGUCCAUCCAUCCUGGCAGCCUUCUCGACAAAGUUCCACAUAGUUUGUAAGUUUGUCCCGAUCAGGAGCAUGGAGCCCUCAUAGCCGAUCAGUCUGUUUAAGUCUGGUUUAAGCAGGCCAGACUGGGCUUCUCGGUCACCCUGUGCCUCUAAUAAGCACAGGGUGACUUAGACAUAAGAGGGGACUUGGAAGUAGAGAAAGGGAGUUCCCAGUGAAUCUGCCAUGGCCCCCUUCCCAAACUCAAACCUAUCCCCAUAUGACUCCACUCUUAGGAGGCCACUGUGACCCCAAUAGCAAUUCUGGAACCCUGUAUCUCCAGCUCAGAAUAUUUUCCAGCAUAUUUCUCCCCCUUCAGAAGGAGACCAAUACAGGAGACCCCAGACGAGUUGACUCUGAAGUUAGUGACUAUUUCCAGAUCAUCAAGGCCAUCACUGAAAAGUUACCCCAAACAAAUUGCCCAUGGAAGAGCAGCACUUACCCAGCCAACCUCUGCAUCUACUAAAGCAUAUACCUGGUGAUGCGUGCCCACUGUCCUGUCUCCCUGGAUCUCUCUCAGCCGCUGGAGGGAAGGCAGGGUGGCUGGGCCCCCUCUGACAUGGGGUUGGGGAUCAGAGCCUUCCUGAGGACUACAGGUAGAGACCAGAAUUCCAUCCAUUUGUAUUGGAUAGAGAUCCCCCACUGCUUGUGGCAAAGGGCUGAGGUUAGCCGUGCUUUGCUCUGGGAUCCGCUCUUCAGUGGGACCAGCAAUGUCUGAUGCCUGAGGCUCGUGGGUUACCAGUGGGUUUGGGCAGAGGCAGCCCCGAUGCCAGCUCUUCAGCUGGGGGAGUUGCGCACUCCUUGAACUCCACCUUCACUAGAAGGUUGAUCUCCCUGCUCUUCAACUCCAGCAUCAUUGCAAGUUGGGCACAGAGGCCAACAGCGCUCUGACUCAAUGCCAGCGCUUCAGCUGGGGUGGUGGUGUACUCCUCAAGUUCCACCAUCACCGAAAGGCUGUCCUCCCUGCUCUCAACUUCCGGCGUUGCUGCAAGUUUGUGCCAGGGGCCAAUGGUCCUCUGUCCUGAUGCCAGCUCUUCUCCUGGGGUUACACUUUGCCGCUGGGGAAAAAGACCAACUGCCUCCUCUCCCUGUAACGCAAACUUCAGCUUCAGAUGAUCUCCCCUGCCGCCCUUGGUCCAUGGCCAUCAAGGCCCACCGGCCGUGUUCUGCAGAACCAACCACCUAGUGGGCGGCAGGGACCAGGUUGACUACCCAUGAAUUAGGGUAUAUAUAAGCUGUAUAAGUAUGCCAGCUCUUCAGCUGGGGGAGUUGCGCACUCCUUGAACUCCACCUUCACUAGAAGGUUGAUCUUCCUGCUCUUCAACUCCAGCAUCAUUGCAAGUUGGGCACAGAGGCCAACAGCGCUCUGACCCAAUGCCAGCGCUUCAGCUGGGGUGGUGGUGUACUCCUCAAGUUCCACCAUCACCGAAAGGCUGUCCUCCCUGCUCUCAACUUCCGGCGUUGCUGCAAGUUGGGGCCAGGGGCCAAUGGUCCUCUGUCCUGAUGCCAGCUCUUCUCCUGGGGUUACACUUUGCCGCUGGGGAAAAAGACCAACUGCCUCCUCUCCCUGUAACGCAAACUUCAGCUUCAGAUGAUCUCCCCUGCCGCCAAUGGUCCAUGGCCAUCAAGGCCCACCGGCCGUGUUCUGCAGAACCAACCACCUAGUGGGCGGCAGGGACCAGGUUGACUACCCAUGAAUUAGGGUAUAUAUAAGCUGUAUAAGUAUGUAUAAGGGAUUGAAUGUUCAUUUACAGUUAUUGGUGACCGCUGAUCUGACUACAUAAAAUGCUUUUGAAUGUAUUAAUAUGGUUGAACAGACUGCAGACUGUAAAAUGUAAAUUGUGGCAUUAUAUUAUUUUAUAAAAAAAAAUGUAAUAAAAAUUUAAACAUGAAAAAAAAAGAAAAUGAAAAAAGGCAAUGAUGUGGUCUUUACUAAAGUGAGAAUUGUUGGGGAUUCAAAAUUAAAUCAAAGUUAAUUUCAAAUGUAAGGGCAAAGUGGCCAAAUCUGGAGCAUGUUUGCAUUUUUUUGCUCUUAAAUUAGAUAUUCACUUUGAAUUCCCAACAAUUCUCACUAUAGUGAAUAACCCUAUAAGAAUAAAGAGAGACAGACUUGGGAGAAUCAUUGACAGAGUAAGCAGGGAAAGCAUGAAUAUAGAAACUGCAAGCUUUGGGAAACAGAAAUAGGAUAAAGAUGGGGAUAGACGCUUAUUAGAGAGAGAGUGCACAGAUUGUGAAGUGAGAGGAGUGAGCACUGUGGAGGAAAGGGACAUCUGGUCAGACCCAGCUGGAAACCAAAUGGCAAAGCAUAGGCCAAAAUAGCUGAUUUAGAAGAAUUUUCCAACUCCAACAAAAAACACAGUUCGGCUGUUUUUUGUAAUUCGGUUUUCAGUUCACUGAAAUUUAGAGUUUAGUGAAAAAAGCUCUGAGAGAAUGUGAUUGCAUUCAUAAGGGUGUGGCUAAUUGGAUCUUUGCCUAUGGUGGCAGGAAUCCUUGCACCGGUUCUGCUGACACCGAUUGUGGAUUCCCAGAUGUUUCUUAUGUCUAAGUCCCCCUGUGCCCACUAUAGGUGCAGGAUGUAUAUCAUCAAUUUUUUUGUCACAUGUCUUGUGUGCUCUCCUGUGCUACUGAUGCUCUCUAUUUACAUAUUCAGGUAGAUUUGCAUAUUAUGGUUUAUGCAGGCAGAGGACAUGUUCCUUAUCAGAGUUUGUCUUCCCUCACCCUUUUGUUAAUAUUGUAUUAUGUAAUAAGAGUGCCUCUAUGACUCCCCAUAUGAUUACAUUUUGUGUAUGGGAUUGAAUGUGUCGCAAUAAGUUUAACAUAAUGCAAAUAGGGUCUAGUCCUGAGUGUAAAUACAGUUUUGAUUGCUUGUUCCAUUGGGAACUGUGUGUCCUGCCUGGUUUGUUCCAUUAGUAGUGUUUGUUCCAGUAGUAGAGGGGUCGAUACCUGCCUGGGACAAGGAGGGACAGGCAGAGGGCUCAAUACCUGCUUGGGACAAGAAGAGAAGGGCAGUGGGGUCAAUGUGACGGACCGUCUGGCACCCCGACUGGGUACCUCCGACAGUUGCUGCCUCUUAGUAUUUGCUAGCACCAUAAGCACUGUACUGGAACACCAUAACCACCGUAAACCCCAUGAACUGCCGCAGCUUGGUUGGGGUCUCUCUGUCCUUCACCCACCCUAGACCCAGCUUUUAGUGGGUAGACCUCUCCUAGUCCAGAGAGCUUAGCAGGAACAGCUCUUAUAAGGAGGGACAGGCAGGGGGGCCGACACCUGCUGAGAGAAGCUGAUACCUGCCUGGGACAAGGAGGGACAGGCAGAGGGGUCGAUACCUGCCUAGGAGGGGACAAUACCUGCCUGGGACAAGGAGACACAGGUAGGGGGCUCAAUACCUCCCGAGAGGGGAUGAUACCUGCCUGGGACAAGGAGGGAGAAGCAGAGAGGUCGAUACCUGUCUAGGAGGGGACAAUACCUGCCUGCGACAAGGUGGGACAGGCUGAGGGGUCGAUACCUGCCUGGGAGGAGACGAGACCUGCCUGGGACAAGGAGGGAGAGGCAGAGUGGUCGAUACCCUCCGAGAGGGGAUGAUGCCUACCUGGGACAAGGUGGGACAGGCAGAGUGUUCAAUACCUGCCAAGAGGGGAUGAUACCGUCCUGGGACAAGGAGUGACAGACAGAGAGGUUGAUACAUUAUCUUGUGGGAAAUCAAGGGACUUAAAUGGAGUGCUGCUGGGGGCCAAUAAGUACAGUAAAAAUGAAAAUCCAGCGCACUCUCUUAUCUACUAAACAGCUACUUUGGUGCUGACAGAUGUUGUAAGUUUUUUUAAAAAACACUUAAUCUAGGCAAAAAAUAAUGAGGGAUUAGUUACAUUAUAUGAUCAUACUUUGCAUAAGCCUGCCAUAACGUCAAUGUACCCCAUCUUUGGCAGGUCCUACUCUGACAGCCAACUGUCCUUGGUUUGCAGCCCUCCCUGUCACAGGUGCCUCAUCUCAGGACCCUAUUUAGCCUUGUACUGCAGAGAACUUGAGAUGCAAGGAUUUCCCCAAGUGAGUAGCUCAUUUAGUAGACAGUUGGCUGUUAGUGUAGGACCUGCCAAAGAUGGGGUACAUUGACGUUGUGGCAGGCUUAUGCAAUGUAUGAUCAUAUAAUGUAACUAAACCCCCAUUAUUUUUUGCCUAGAUUAGGUGUUUUUAAUAAAACUAGCAAAAUCUGUCAGUGCCAAAGUAGCUGUUUAGUACAUAAGGGAGUGCGCUGGAUUUUCAUUAUACUGAUACAUUAUCUUGUGUUAUGCUCCAUUUUCAUUUAAAUUUAUACUAAACGGUGUUGUCACCUUCUAGUCCCAUCCUAGCACAGCCAAUGCACAUUGCAUUGGAGAAGAAACAGAGGAAUUGUCUGGAUUCUCAAACAUUUUAGUCAUGUACCUACACUAUGGCAACCGUGUGUCCAGGAGAGAAUAUAAAUCCACUUAGAGCAGCAGGGAUAUUACUCUUUAUAAUCAUGUUAAAUACAUGGAUCAAACCAGACAUCUGGUCACCCCCAAUCCACGUCCGACAUACUGAAAACCAGACAGAGGCUGAUUUUACCAUCAGAUUGUAUUCCCUGCUGACAGCUUUAGUAGGUAAAUUCCAUGCUGUGUAAUAUGAUGUGUAUAUAACACUGUGUCUGUUUAUCACACAGAGCGGAAUAUUAGCCAUCUUGUGAACGGCUGCCAGGGUUUGUCAUCUAUAUGGAGAGAAUACAAUAUGGAGUGUUUAUCGAGUUUGCUUUAUUACUAUAAUUAGAGGACUCACACUGUGGGUUAUUCAGUUAAUCCAUCACGUAAAUGCACCUAAUCGCGCUGGUGUCGCUGAUAAUAUAAGUUCAUACAAAUGAAGCUGUCAAUUAGCGUCACUUACAGCUGUCCCUGGGGUCUCCUGGACCACACGUCUGUCUUUAAUUCUCACAAUAAGCAGAGCAUUAGCAAAUCAGGAGCAUAGUAAUGGGUCGGGGGUCUGAAGAGAUAAUUGGAACAUGUUUUAUAGCUGUGCCGCAAAGGGAAAUGCCUUUAUGUAUGAUCAUAUUGUAAAAUGCACCCUGAGUGUUAAUACCAAUAAUCCCAGCAGGCCCUACCCUAAUCUGCUUAGUGUUAAAGGAUCACUAUAAUGUCAGGAAAACAAACCUGACACUAUAUAGUCCUUAGGAACCCCCCACCCUCAGGGCCCAUCUCCUGCUGGGCUGAAGGGGAUAAAACCCCUUCAGCUACUUACCUUAAUCCAACGCCGGGCUCCCUCGGGGUUGGUGACCUCUCCUCCCCCUCCGACGUCAGCUCCCGACUGGAGCAGAAUGCGCAUUAAAAACGUCCAUUGGAAAGAAUUUCUCAAUGCUUUCCUAUGGACGUUCUGCACGCUGAAAGUGAUUUUCGCAUCCAGCGUCGCAUAAGCGCCUCUAACGGCUGUCAGGAAGACAGCCACCAAAGGCUAGAUUAACCCUGCAAUGUUUCUCUGAAAGUAUUGGGAGCCUAUUGUGCAUGUGCAGAAAAAUGCCACGACGCGCCAAUCAGCAUCACCUCUUAGAGAUGCAUUCAAUCAAUGCAUCUCUAUGGAAAACAUUCAGCGUCUUCAUGUAGAGGAUGGACUGGGGGUGUUACUAGGCAGUAAUGUAAACACUGCCUUUUCCAUAAAAAGGCAGUGUUUACAUUAAAAACGUACAAGGACAGGCUAUAGACACCAGAUCCACUACAUUAAGCUGUAGUUGUCCUGUGACCAUAGUGUACCUUUAAUAUUAAUAAAGCUAUAUAAUGUAUAUACAGUGAGUGAAGAAAUUAUUUGAUCCCCUUCUGAUUUUGACCGUUUGCCCACUGACAAAGAAAUGAUUAGUCUAUAAUUUUAUUGGUAGGUGUAUUUUAACAGUGAGAGACAGAAUAAUCAAAACAAAAAUCAAGAAAAACGCAUGUCAAAAAAAGUUAUAAAUUGAUUUGCAUGUCAAUGAGUGAAAUAUAGUAUUUGACCCCUUCGACUUAGUACCUGGUAAUAAAACCUUUGUUGGCAAUCACAGAGGUCAAACGUUUCUUGUAGCUGGCCAAGGUUUGGCCACAUCUCAGGAGGGAUUUUGUCCCACUCCUCUUUGCAGAUGGAAGGAGAUUCUCACCCAAGAUUUGACCGUACAUGGCCCCAUCCAUCGUCCCUUUGAUGAUGUGCAGUUGUCCUGUCCCCUUAGCAGAAAAACACCCCUAAAGCAUAAUGUUUCCACCUCCAUGUUUGACGGUGGGGAUGGUGUUCUUGGGGUCAUAGGCAGCAUUCCUCCUCCUCCAAACAUGGCGAGUUGAGUUGAUGCCAAAGAGCUUGAUUUUGGUCUAAUCUGACAACAACACUUUCACCAAGUUCUCCUCUGAAUCAUUCAGAUGUUCAUUGGCAAACUUCAGACGGGCCUGUACAUGUGCUUUCUUGAGCAGGGGGACCUUGCGGGUGCUGCAGGAUUUCAGUCCUUCACGGCAUACUUUGUUACCAAUUGUUUUCCUGGUGAAUAUGGUCCCAGCUACCUUGAGAUAAUUAACAAGAUAUUCCUGUGUGGAUCUGGGCUGAUUCCUCACCGUUUGCAUGAUCAUUGAAACUCCACAAGGUGAGAUCUUACAUGGAGCACUAGACCGAGGGAGACUGACCGAUAUUUUGUCUUUUUUCCAUUUGCGAAUAAUCACACCAACUGUUGUCACCUUCUCACCAAGCUGCUUGGCAAUGGUCUUUGUAACGGACCAUUUUGCACACAAGAGGUUAAAAACCGUUUAGGCGAUAUUCCCCUUUUAAAUACACGAACAGCUGCUGCAAGCACCAAUCUCCCGAAUUGCAAACUCAUGAAUACUCAAACUCCCGAACAGCAAACACACGAAUUCACCAACUCCUGAACCGGAAACACACAAAUUCACCAACUCCUGAACACACGAAUGCUGUUAAACAGCCGAACAGGAAAAACCAUACGAACAGCUUACACUGUAACAGCAUACAAUCCAAUUCCCCCUAAGGGUCCAGAUGGGAAACUGGGACACAAAGGGUAAAAGGACCAAUCACAAGCUUACACAUUUAAACAGAUCCCACAAUGCAUUUCAAUCCCUCCUCUCUGUCUUGGAGAUAAUUGGGAAGUAAUCCAAUUAUCUCCAAGGACAGAGGCAAAACUCCAUUAGCCACAUGUUAGUAAAAAGACAUAAAAUUACAAUGUUACAAUUACUACAUAAAACAUAUACAUUCAACAUAUCCCCAGAUAGCUUAGGUCUGAGCGCACAUUAUUACUGAAUGGCGCUCAGAUCACAUACAUACAGUUCAAUUGCCAUGGAGCCAAAGUCUUUCCCAUAGUCUUUAAUUACACGAAUAGGCUCCAUGGCUUAGCUAUCUGGGGUAACACUACUACCAUAGGGAAAAUAAAAGGUUUUUAAUGCAGGGCCAUAGUCCAGCAGCAAGAGGUGGGCAACCAGGCUCCUCCAGUGGCCAGUGGUGAGGUUGGUUCCGCCACAGUCUUGUAACCCAUUUCAGCCUUGUGUAGAUCUACAAUUUUGUCCCUGACAUCCUUGGACAGCUCUUUGAUCAUGGUGUAGAGUUUGGAAUCUGAUUGAUUGAUUGAUUGAUUCUGUGGACACGUGUCUUUUAUACAGGCAACGAGCUGAGAUUAGGAGCACUCCCUUUAAGAGUGGGUGCCAGAAAUCUUGCUGAUUGAUAGGGGAAUCAAAUACUUAUUUCACUCAUUGACAUGCAAAUCAAUUUAUAACUUUUUUGACAUGCGUUUUUCUGGAUUUUGUUAUUUUGGUUAUUCUGUCUCUCACUGUUAAUAUACACCUACCAUUAAAAUUAUAGACUAAUCAUUUCUUUGUCAGUGGGCAAACAUUCAAAAUCAACAGGGGAUCAAAUACUUUCUUCCCUCACUGUAUAUACAUUAUAUAGCUUUAUUAAUAUUAAAGGGACUCUAUCAUCACAGGACAACUACAGCUUAAUGUAGUGGAUCUGGUGUCUAUAACGUUUUUUAAUGUAAACACUGCUUUUUACAUUACUGCCUAGUAUCACCUCGAGUCCAUCCUCUACAUGAAGACGCUGAUAUUACAAGAAAUAUGGUGAAAUAGUGAAAUAGCUAUAUUUGCUGCUUCAGUGAAUGUUGAUUCUGUAAAACAUGUAUGCUACACUUGUUAUAUUUGUUUCUACUCUAGUAUACAGGAAGUCAGAGUUAAGAGAUUUUACUAGACGUGUGCAAACAUUUUUUUUAUCCAAGUCAAAUGUUUUCUAUCCAUUCACAGACAAAUCCAUGCAUCCAGGUUUUACCUGUGGAGUCUUAGUCAAUGAAUACAACUCCAUAGGAAAAUCUCAGACAAAGCGAUUUGUCUAGAUUUUCCUCCUUUAUUAAAGCUUUCAGAUUAUUGUAAAUAAGAUUGGACAUCAUAACAUUGUGUAUAAUAACAUUGUGUAUAAUAAUAUUGGAUAUAAGAUCGGAUAUAAUAACAUUGUGUAUAAUAACAUUGUGUAUAAGAUUGGAUAUAAUAACAUUGUGUAUAAUAACAUUGUGUAUAAGAUUGGAUAUAGUAACAUUGUGUAUAAGAUUGGAUAUAAUAACAUUGAUAUAAGAUUGGAUAUUAUAACAUUGUGUAUAAGAUUGGAUAUAGUAACAUUGUGUAUAAGAUUGGAUAUUAUAACAUUGUGUAUAAGAUUGGAUAUAGUAACAUUGUGUAUAAGAUUAGGUAUAAUAACAUUGUAUAUAAGAUUGGAUAUUAUAACAUUGUGUAUAUGAUUGGAUAUAAUAGCAUUGUUUAUAUGAUUGCAUAUAAAAACAUUGCUCAUUAAUGUUACUCAUGGGACAGGUUGGUGUAAUAACGACCAAGCUAUCUUACCAGCAGGAUGAGGGGCAAUGCAAUAUACAUGGGAUAUGGAGGAGAGAACUGAAUAACCAUGAUAUACGAAGGAGGAUGAAGAUUAUAUAUGGGGUGUGAUAGGAAAUGCUUGGACAUAUGGUAUAUUUAAUGUGUGUGUUAUGUUAGGAUACAGAAUGUAGGUGGAAUAUUUGUGGGUUUUUAUAACAGAAUUUGAUUAUCGAUGGGAUACACAAGGAAUCUUGGAAGUAAGUGGAAUUAUUGAACAGAUGUGCAGUUGUACACAGAUAUGGAAUAUAUUGUGAAUAAAAAACAGUAUAAACACUAAUGAGUGAAAAAUUAGUGAAAAAAAUGAAUAAAUAAUACGUGAAAAAGUGAUAUCCCGGGUACCUCACUAUGACAUCCAACAAAUUUAUAAAGUAAAAAUACUGGUAGAAAAUCACAAAACACGUAAAAAGAAACUAUAACCUGGGUAAAUGUAGACUAAUCCACAGAUGUAUAAUGGUAUCUAGAAAUAAUACGUAGCAUAGUACAAUGAUAUAAAACACCCCAGUGAGUAUAAAGUAAAAAACUCAACUCAAACUAGAAAAUCAGGCUCAUCACCUUUCCAUGGGUACUGGACUGUAGAUCUUCCAUGUGGAAUAUACCUUGGUCAAGAUCGAAAAGGAGAAAAGGCCACAAUAGUGAAGUAAAGUAAAUCAAUUAAACCUUUAUUGUAUUGCACUUACAGAAGUAUAACAUUUCCGAGCAUAUCUCCACCAAUAGUGGAACCCCAACAGAUGGUGAGCCUUGAGGAGCCAGCAGUAUCAGUCAAUAUAGUGGGAAGAUAGCAGCCUGUACACAAAAUAUAAAAUAUCCAACGCGUUUCACUUCUUCAGGGAUCUAUACCAAUGUCACUUUAAUAAUAUUUUUUACUUGAUAUAGAUAGGUAUAUGCAUUUAUAUACAUUAAAGAAUCACUUUACUUGUUUAGUUUUGAAACUUGUGGCAGCCAAGGAUGUCCUUUCCCCUUCCCAGAAUCUCAGAAAGUGCAGUUUUCAGUGAUUAUAGCAGGAUAAAGGGAUAUAGCUUCCCCCCUCCGCCCAGACAUUAGUCGAGAAUUAAUGCUGGGAGUAAUCUGGUUAAUUCAAGCAAAGGACACUCAAUUUAUACAUAGAUCCCUCACAUAUGGUCUCCAUACUAAUCCCUCCAAGGCAUCCCUGUGUCUGAGAGAUAAUUGAGUCAAAAACCAGUAACUCAAUUAUCUCUCAGUUACAGGGAACCACAUAGAAAAUACCCCAAAAACACACUCAAUUUCCACAGGAAUCGCACAAGUCUUAGCUCCCCGAAUAUCCCUGAAUCGGAGCUCACAAAGCUCUACAAAUUGCGCUACGUUUCGUUCGGUGGAAUGGAGUUGCCAUCGGGGUAAAGUUUUGACCGGCCAUGAGGUUAUAGCUUAAAACAGUUCCAUGGUGAAAAGGCUGCAGCUGGUCAACUUUCGGGAGCUCCUAUGCGCAUAAAGCCGCUCUAGGGAGCGAAUUUUCCUCUUGUUUGCAUGAAUCGUUUUCCCAAAAAGCGCUCUCCUUGUUUUUUUGGGAGGGAAGCAGACAAAAUGGCCACCAUUCCACAAAACACGUUCGCUUAUACGAAUGGCGGCCACCCAGAAGAGCACUUAAGUUAAUGGGUUCUUUGAAGUUAAUGAGCCAAGGGGGGUCUUGGUUCAGGAGGUAUAAGAGGGGAAAAGGGUCUUUGUUCGGUAAACAAACAACCAGGGGUACAAACAAAAUGAAAAGUCCAAUAAGUGACGGGGUGUUCUGUUACAAAACUGCAUUUUUUAAAUUGUAUUUACUAUCACAUUUUCUUUGCAUUCUUAUUUCUUUGCAUUGAAUAUAUAUUACCAAUGCUCUUACAACAUCUUAUUUAAAUACUAUUUUGCUUAUUUUGCACUAGCACUAUUUAAUUGUCUCCCAUGUUGGAAUUAGUAUAGGAUCCAACGAUAUUGGGGUACUGUGAAGUAGUGGUGGGACUAACACAAUUUGACCAAAUGGUGGAACUGAAUCCCCAUAUUUGUUUGCUGACAUAGGUGAUUUCAAGUAACCUUAUAAAAUUUUAAAAUGUAUUUUUGUGUGUCUAUUCUGUGCAGUUCAAUGUCACAGAGAGUGAGGUACUUGGUAAAAUGUUGUCAGUCUACCAGGCAGGAAUAAAGGUCUGUUCAGUGGGUUACUUGGUGUGUUUAGUAAUCACUUAGAAAUAUCUAUUUCUUCUUCCGUAGAUCACAUUAAUGGCCAUUGUACGAGUCCCACAUCACAGACUUGCAGUUCAGGGAAACGCAUCUCCAGUGCUGAUGGGACUAAAGCCAACAGACGUGGCCCUGGGAGACCACCAUUCCGUAAAGCGCAGUCCGCAGCGUGCAUGGAGAUUUCACUCCCAGUCACAUCUGAAGGUGAGAAUGUCUGUAUUCACAGGUUAUAGCUGAUCCCACCGUUAGCUACAGAUAAUAGGAGCUAUGAUAGCCUGAGCCCUCCCGUAUAUACAGAUAAUAGGAGCACUGAUAGCCUGAGCCCUCCCGUAUAUACAGAUAAUAGGAGCAAUGAUAGCCUGAGCCCUCCCGUAUAUACAGAUAAUAGGAGCACUGAUAGUCUGAGCCCUCCCGUAUAUACAGAUAAUAGGAGCACUGAUAGUCUGAGCCCUCCCGUAUAUAGAGAUAACAGGAGCACUGAUAGCCUGAGCCCUCCCGUAUAUACAGAUAAUAGGAGCACUGAUAGCCUGAGCCCUUCUGUAUAUACAGAUAAUAGGAGCAAUGAUAGCCUGAGCCCUCCCGUAUAUACAGAUAAUAGGAGCAAUAAUAGCCUGAGCCCUCCCGUAUAUACAGAUAAUAGGAGCACUGAUAGCCUGAGCCCUUCUGUAUAUACAGAUAAUAGGAGCACUGAUGUAUAUAUUAAUAAUGGAAGCAGAGAACACUGAUAGCCUGAGGACUCCUGUACGAUCUGAUAAUGGGAACUGAGUACAAUGAUAGACUGAACCUUCUGUAUAUACAGAUAUUAGGAGCAGAGUACACUGAUAGCCUGAUCUGUAUGCCCUGAUAAUUGGAGAAGUGUACACUGAUAGCCUGGUCCAUCCUGUAUGUAGAAAUUAAACCCUGAACCCACCUGUGUGCACAGUUAAUGGGAGCUCUCUUAUAGGCAGGUGUUACAAUAUGUAAGAUUUUCUGAGCAGGUGAUAUCUGUAAACACAUGUCAUGUUUGUCCAUGUACUGUUUAAAAACCAACUACUAAUAAGCAUGAUCCCUGUGUCUAACUAUUCCUGGACCAUACUCCACCCUCACCUAUCCCAUUAUUACAAGAGUUGCAGUACCCCUGACCCAUACUCCAUCCUCACCCCUGUGGAUAUAGAUACAUAUUGUGGCAAAACUAGCCACUUAAGACUGUAUUUCCAUUCAUGUGAUAUUGUAGCUUUAAGGCUAUCUGAACUGUGCAUGUUCCCUAUUCUGUAUUUGAUGCGAACGAGAACAUUUGCAUGCUGGCGGCACGAAAGCCACCAGCAUUCAUACAGUAGUUUCACGAACAGUGAAUUUCAACACUGUUCGUGAAACGAACAAACUACCGAAUGGGAGACCACACACAGGAGGUUGUGUGGCUCCCAUUACGGAUCGCAACAAUGUAGCUUUCAGCAGUUAAUAGAUGUUCAGGGUGGCCGCCGUUCGGAUACCGACCACGCGGCGGUCAGCCAUCUUAGAUCCUUUGUUAGCCCAGCAGUGUUCGGUUGUCGAGUGCCUGGAACUAAAAUCGGCUACUCGACGGCACGAAUACCGCUGGACUUCCAGGCCAUUCGGGAGCACCGGUCUUUCGGUAUUCUAUCUCCGCAUGUAGAUUUGUGACUUUGGUGAAGAAUGUGUGUUCAAGUGUAAUUCGUGCGGCAUUCAGCUAAUUGUGCUGGGAUCUGAGCAGAACUUUAAUGGCUGCCGAACGGUCAUUCGGUACAAUAGCACGAAUAAUGGUAAAGUUAUAUAUUUUUAUGUAAAAAGCCAGUUCUACUGCACGGAGGGAUAAUCCACUUAACUGGCUAUUCUAGUGGGAGUAUCCCUCUCGUACAGCAGUGCAUGGUGGGAGAAAUGUUCUGGUUGUUAAGUUCCCCAUGUAGUCCCCUACUGUACAACCCCUGUAAAGUCAGUAAGGAAACCCCUUGGAACCACAUAAAUACUGUGACCUGUGAUUAAAGCCUCAGUUGACUCCCAGCCUAUGUGUCGUCUAGUUCUUGGGAAGGAAGGAUUUAUAUAACGCUAGCGGGAUUAUUGCAUGCUUGUUUUACAUGGAUUAUUAUAUGCUGUUCCUGUUUACCAGCAGAGAUAUUGUGGAUUAUACUACCUCUCCGCUACACAUAGCAUGACUGUGUGUUACAUUCCCAAACAUAUCCUGAUGGCAUGUUUCCAAUUCUGCAGGUUAUUCGUCCAAUUUAGUGUUUGAUGGACAGUGUAAUAACCAAAACAGAGCAAUCUGCUAACAGUAACAGUAAUCCUAGUAACAGAGACAGUAUAUAUAUAUAUAUAUAUAUAUAUAUAUAUAUAUAUAUAUAUAUAUAUAUAUAUAUAUAUAUAUAUAUAUAUAUAUAUAUAUAUAUCCUAUAUGAUCCUAUCUAGAUCAUACUCCAUCUUCACCUAUCCCAUUACUGCAAGGGUAACAGUAUUCCUAGACCAUACUCCAUCCUCACCUAUCCUGUUACUGGGCCAUCCUCACCUAUACCAUUACUACAAGGGUAACAGUAUUCCUAGACCAUACUCCAUCCUCACCUAUCCUGUUACUGGGCCAUCCUCACCUAUACCAUUACUACAAGGGUAAUUAUUCCUGGACCAUACUCCAUCCUCGUCUAUCCCAUUACUACAAGGGUAACUAUUCGCUUUACUGUAAGGGUAACAGUACUCCUAGCCCAUACUCCAUCCUCACGUACACCUUUAGCAGAUGAGAACCUACUAAUUUAGCUGUUAUUUGCUACUACAUGUCUGUGGCAAACCUAGCCACUUACAGAAUGUCCUUGUAUAUAUCUUGCUAUUACUGCAUUGCUAUUCCUAUCUGUGGCCAAACCAGCCACUUAAAGUGUAACCCCCCCCUGAAUGUAAUAUGAUGUAAAGUGUAUCCCUGUGUACUGCUUGGUAUCUCCUAAGGCGGGAGAUGGCUAUCUGUAACCCAACCCCCUCCUGCCUGGGACUAAGGGAAGUGUAUUGUGUGGAAUGCAGACCCCCCUGCGGAGGUCUGUGCUAAAAGGAAGAUGUAAUCAUAAAAGAGUUUUGACUCAGCCUGGUGAGAUGCCAGUGUUUUAACCUCCAAGCUAUGUGUCGUCUAGUUCUUAGGAGAAAAGGAUUGUAACUACGCUACCUGCAUUUUACCUGCUUCAUCCUGCCUACCAGCGGAGAUACCGUGGAUAAUACCACUACUCCGCUACAAUUGGUGGCAAGCGACGGGAUUCAAACCACACAGCAAAGCAGCGUUCGGCAGGGAUUGAUGUGAGCAGAGGAAAAGAAACAGCAAUUCGUGAAACAACCAUUCGGAUGAAACCGGAGUUCGGGAAUAAGUGGAAUCACACGAACAGCAGGUGAAUGGAAACGAAUUAUGCACUUUUGAAACGGAGUACACUGAAGGAAUUACUAGAGGCAAGGGGAACAAUAGCCAGCAACAAGACAAAGGCUACCCUUAUUGCUGAGCUCAUGGAAGGAGACAGAGCAGCGGCUGCUGCAGCACCUCCAAUGGAGGAAGAGCAAACAGAAUUUCAGAAAGAGUUCAGGAGCAGGAUGGCACUGUACCCAACCACACCACCCCAAGAGACUUUCGAUAGGAUCAUGGCAGAUGUGCAAGAAUACAUCAUGGCCAAACGAUUCCAACCAAACCAGCAAUCCAGAGAGGGGUCACCGGCUCCACCCAGCAUUGUACAGGGAAAACCCAAAAUUCCCUACCAAGCCUUUAAAAACUUUACGGACACAGAGGGCGAUAUUGAUGGAUAUUUGCAGGACUUUGAAAGACUGUGCCAGCUGCAUGAUAUUGGGCCCCAAGACCAGGUACCACUGCUGGCCGGUAGAUUAUCUGGCCGCGCAGCAGAAGCCUACCGGGCAGUGCCUGAUGAGGAUAGCAGAGACUACCAGAAGGUAAAGCAGGCCAUCCUAGUCCGGUAUGCCAUUACCCCCGAGGCAUACCGACUCCAAUUCCGGGACCUGCAAAAACAAGAAAAGGACUCCCACGCAGAGUUUGCGCACCGCUUACAACGAGCAGCCACGGGGUGGAUUGAUGCGGCGCAAGCCACUACCCGGGAAGAUCUCAUUCAAUUACUUUUGUUGGAACAGUUCUACCGGAGACUAACUACUGAUAUGCAGAACUGGGUAAGAGAUCGUAAACCACGCACCUUACAAGACGCGGCCAAAUUAGCGGACGAACAUCAAGACACCAGACGAGAGCAGCGCCCACCAACCAGGGUAUUCCCCCAGUCGACACACCACAGGCCUGCCUUGGCCGAAACAGCUCACCCACGAUCUGGGGGAGCUAACAACCAAUACCAACCUAGGUACCCCAACCGGGCACACAUCAGAUGCCACACCUGCAACCAACUGGGGCAUGUACAACGAGAAUGCCCCCGACACAGGGCACGACCAUCAUGGCCCAACCAAGGCCAACCUCCAGGCACUCGGGCUGCGGUACACUGCUAUCAGAAUGAAUCAUUCAUCCAGCCCUCCACAGCCACCCAGGUAGAGGAACCUCUAGGCACUCUCCAUGAAGUUAACCCCGUCCAAGCGGUGUCCGAUAACCGCCAAAGCCAUCGCCAAGUCGUCCACAUAGAAGGGAAGCCUAUGGAGGGACUGAGAGAUUCCGGGGCCACCAUCACCUUGGUCCGAAACCACCAUGUUCCAAAGAACCAGCUUACGGGGGAUUGUGUAGCAGUACGGGUGGCAGGGGGAGCGAUCUACAAGGUUCCCACUGCCAAGAUACAUUUGAAUUGGGGAGCGGGGUCAGGGAACGUGGAGGUGGGGAUGAUGCAAGACUUGCCCGCAGAUGUUAUUUUGGGAAAUGACUUGGGGGAGCUCACUUCCACUUUUGUUCCGCGAACCACCGUACAGGAAGCUUACCCAGUCAUCACCAGGCUGCAGGCCCGCACCACGGUCCCAUCCAGUGACUCUGAGGCUCAGGUAAGCAAUGAACCCCAUAACCACACUGCCCUCCCCUGGGAUGCCCCCCUAGAAUUUGGUAGCGAGGUCGCUCUAGACCCGUCCCUGCAGGUUUACAAAGACCGAAUUGACAAGAACCAGGCAGGCUUAGAAGGAGAGAGAUAUGCUUGGGAUCAAGGGUUAUUAUACCGGUAUGCAGAGAAGGUAGUAGCCGGGUCUAUUCCCAUACCCAUAAAGCAGUUAAUUGUGCCUCGAAAGUAUAGACAGGAGUUACUGCGCAUAGCGCAUGACAUACCCUUAUCCGGUCAUUUAGGGAUCAGCCGAACUAAACAUCGGCUGACGCAGAACUUCUUCUGGCCAGGUAUCUCCAAGGAUAUUAGGCAAUACUGUAACACCUGUGAUACCUGCCAGAGGGUAGGGAAGAGGGGAGACCGCUACAAAGCCAAACUCCAUUCCCUGCCCAUAAUAGAAGAGCCCUUUAGUAGAGUAGCAGUGGACAUAAUCGGACCCCUGAAAAAACCCAGUCCCUCUGGCAAGAAGUACAUCUUGACCGUAGUGGACUACGCCACUAGAUACCCCGAGGCGGUGGCUCUAACGAAUGUACAUGCAGAGACCGUAGCAGAUGCCCUUAUGCGAAUUUUCUCCCGCAUGGGAUUCCCACGGGAGAUUAUUUCGGAUAGGGGUACCCAAUUCACUGCAGAGGUCACCCACCAGCUCUGGAAGGUCUGUGGGGUAAAGUCUAUCCUUAACUCACCCUACCACCCUCAAUCCAACGGUCUCUGUGAACGGUUUAACGGAACACUUAAGCAGAUGAUCCGGAUGUUCAUAGACACGCAGAAGGACUGGGAGAGGUUUUUACCCCACUUGCUGUUCGCCUAUAGGGAAGUUCCCCAAGAAUCCACUGGGUUCUCUCCCUUUGAAUUAUUGUUCGGAAGGAGGGUGAGGGGCCCCCUAGAUUUAAUCAGAGAGCACUGGGAGGGGGGAGUGACCACUAAUGGUACCCCUAUUGUACCCUAUGUGCUCGAGUUCCGGGAACGCUUGGAGGCUUUGACCCAGACCGUACGUACCAACCUCCAAGCGGCCCAGCAACGACAGCGCAGAUGGUAUGAUAGGGGGGCCAGGGACCGCAGCUUUCAGGUCGGGCAGAAGGUGCUAAUCCUACGACCCGUCCCUAAUGACAAGCUGCAGGCCUCCUGGCAGGGCCCAUUCAAGGUGGUAGAGCAAAUCUGUGAUACCACCUAUGUAAUUGGCCCAUGCGCUGGAGCAGGGGGCAGACGCAUGCUCCAUGUGAACAUGCUGAAGCCUUACCACGAGCGCACAGAGGAGGUGACCGCGAUUUGUGCUUCCGCUGCAGAGGAUUUUGAUAAUUUGCCCCUCCCAGACCUCCUAGAGAAAGAAGACAAAAAUGAGGAUCUGGAAGCAGUACAGCUAGGGGAGCGCUUGAGUCCCCAGGAGCGGGCCCAGGCCCAAAGAUUAAUUAGGGAAAAAGGGGCCACCUUUUCUAACCUCCCUGGGUAUACCCCGUUAGCCACCCACCGUGUAGAAACCCCAGGGCAGACACCCCUCCGCCAACCUCCUUACCGCAUCCCCGAGUCUGUAAAAGAGAAUAUGCGUAAGGAGCUCAAAGAAAUGUUACAAUUGGGGGUUAUAGAACCUUCUGAUAGCCCAUGGGCCUCCCCAGUAGUUCUGGUGCCGAAGCGGGAUGGAACUACCCGCUUCUGCAUAGACUAUCGAAGGCUCAAUGAUAAGACAGUAUCUGAUGCCUACCCUAUGCCCCGGAUAGACGAGCUCCUAGACAAAAUGGCCAGGGGCCAGUACCUCACCACGAUAGACCUUUGUAAGGGCUAUUGGCAAAUUCCUUUAGCCGAGGACGCCAUCCCUAAGUCGGCGUUUGUAACCCCGUUCGGCCUGUACCAGUUUAAGGUCAUGCCAUUCGGGAUGAGAAACGCUCCGGCUACCUUUCAGAGGAUGGUGGAUCGGCUGUUGGAUGGGUUCCAGGAGUACGCUUGCGCCUAUUUAGACGACAUAGCAAUCUUCAGCCAUUCCUGGACCGAACACCUGACCCAUAUAGGAGCCGUACUAGACCGCAUUAGGGAGGCAGGGUUAACCCUUAAACCCAGUAAGUGCCAUAUAGGGAUGGCUGAAGUUCAGUAUUUAGGGCACCGGGUAGGAAGCGGCCAGCAAAAGCCAGAACCCGCCAAGGUAGAGGCCGUAGCCAAAUGGCCAACACCGCGUACCAAAACCCAGGUCCUGGCGUUCUUAGGUACCGCAGGGUACUAUCGGAAGUUUGUGCCCGAUUACAGCACCCUGGCCAAACCCCUCACCGAUUUAACCCGCAAAAACCUCCCUAAGUUAGUAGAAUGGGCCCCAGAGUGUGAACGGGCAUUCCAGCAACUAAAAACUGCUCUUGUUAACGCACCUGUACUUGCUGCUCCUGAUCCAACAAAACGUUUUCUCGUCCAUACAGACGCUUCUAUGUUUGGAUUGGGGGCAGUACUGAGCCAAGUCGGAGCAGAUGGUGGUGAGCAUCCAGUGGCUUACUUAAGCAGAAAACUUUUACCCCGGGAAGUAAGCUACGCCGCCAUCGAAAAGGAAUGCCUGGCCGUGGUGUGGGCCCUCAAGAAGCUGCAGCCCUAUUUGUACGGACAACCAUUCUCGCUAGUCACAGAUCACAACCCGUUGGUGUGGCUGAACCGGGUGUCAGGGGACAAUGCCAGGCUGCUGCGCUGGAGUUUGGCGCUGCAGCCUUUUGACUUUACCAUCCACUACCGCCCUGGGAAGCAAAAUGGCAAUGCCGAUGGGUUAUUCAGACAAACUGAACUUGAAAAGUGAUCUGUGAGUACUCCUCCGGACAUCCCCAAGCCGAUCCGUUGGGAUCAGACUGUGUAUGCCGGCUUGGUUCUGGGGAGCAUUGUGGCAAACCUAGCCACUUACAGAAUGUCCUUGUAUAUAUCUUGCUAUUACUGCAUUGCUAUUCCUAUCUGUGGCCAAACCAGCCACUUAAAGUGUAACCCCCCCCUGAAUGUAAUAUGAUGUAAAGUGUAUCCCUGUGUACUGCUUGGUAUCUCCUAAGGCGGGAGAUGGCUAUCUGUAACCCAACCCCCUCCUGCCUGGGACUAAGGGAAGUGUAUUGUGUGGAAUGCAGACCCCCCUGCGGAGGUCUGUGCUAAAAGGAAGAUGUAAUCAAAAGAGUUUUGACUCAGCCUGGUGAGAUGCCAGUGUUUUAACCUCCAAGCUAUGUGUCGUCUAGUUCUUAGGAGAAAAGGAUUGUAACUACGCUACCUGCAUUUUACCUGCUUCAUCCUGCCUACCAGCGGAGAUACCGUGGAUAAUACCACUACUCCGCUACAAUGUCCUCCUUACCACCAAAGUAACAAUGUAAACAUACAAAGUAUUUGAGGUGUGAUAUUAAGCGCUAUACUACCUUGACUAUCCUGCUAGAAAGGUAACUGUACUCUUAUAUCAUAUAGGCCAUACACCAUCCUCGCCUGUGCCAAUACUAAGAGGAUUACUUAAAUGCUUUUGGAACAAUUUCACUUUCUGUAUGACAGGAACAAGAAAAACUUGUCAGAAAAUAAUAUCAAUAUGCGCUGAUUCAGAGCUUUUAUUAACUAUUUCUGUAUAAGGUACCUAGUUAGGCUAACUAAUGCAUUUACACAACAGUGUCAAAUAAUAUGACUGGGUUAUAGCACAUGUUCACCUCUUUAUGGAGGCAGCUUAUAGCCUCCAUGCGUUCACCUUCAACAAUUGCUUUGCUAGCGGCAACCCCACUACACCUAGUUUAGAUGAACAGUCACCUGGUCCUUUACGCACAGUGAUCCCUCUACACCUAGUUUAGAUGAACAGUCACCUGCUCCUUUACGCACAGUGAUCCCUCUACACCUACAUCAGAUGAGCAGUCACCACGUCCUUUAAAAGCAGUGAUCCUUCUACACCUAGAUCAGAUGAGCAGUUACCUCGUCCUUUACUAGCAGUGAUCCUUCUACACCUAGAUCAGAUGAGCAGUCACCUCGUCCUUUACUAGCAGUGAUCCCUCUACACCUAGAUCAGAUGAGCAGUCACCUCGUCCUUUACUAGGAGUGUGUAAGGAAACCUGGUAUAUCCAAUACCCAUUCGGUAGUUUCCUCCCGAACAACCAGAGUGUCAGUGAUUAUAACUCUCCAUUCGGGAAAUAAAAUAAGCAAUCUCCAUACGAAUAACAGCUUCCCAAGUAAAUUCCCUUAGUGAAGCAGACAGAUACCCAAACAUCAGCCAAAGUCUAGAAGAAGGGUACAACAGAACUAACUUUUAAUGAUGCCACACUGGCUUUUAUGCAAGUCCCUGUGCAAGGGGACCAAGACAGAAAUCAUAUAACCAAUCAGGAACAGAGAAAUAGUUAAACACUCCCAUUACAAACAUGUAAUUCCCUCCCCUAGACCUGGAGAUAAUUAAGUCUGAUAAAGUAGUAACUUCAUUAAAAUUUUACCCAAUGUUCAGAACACCCCUUAAAACAUAAGGUAUCCCCACAAAAGUCAAAUCCCCUGAUAGCUCUGAUCUGGGUGACCAACAUAUCCAAAAAUCACCCAGAUCAGUUCAGGGGUUUUCAAAUUCUAUGGAAGUCUUAGGUGACCGGCUAACUGCGAGGCUCCUGCCCAAAACAGUUCCACAAGUUUGGGUGGUUUUGCCAGUCUAUUUCGUAAAGUUGUAAAAACCGAAUAAAUCCACGAACGGUUCCCCCUGGCUCCUAGCAGCGAUUGUUUCCCUCAUACGAAUGAACAAAAGUACCGAACAGCGCUCUCCUAGCUGUUUGGGAAAUGAAGAUCCAGCGUUCAUGUGUUUGGGACCAGUGUUCGGGAAGUCGAGUGUCCGAUUUUAGUUCCAGACACUCGACGACCAAGUCCCGCUGCCUUUGUUCGCACAAACAAGAUGGCCGCCGUUUUCUCAGCUACAUGGUAUUCGACAUUCCGCACAGGGAAAGGGCUUAAUUGAAGGUAUGUGUGACGGUAGUAACCUCGUCCUUUACUAGCAGUGAUCACUGUACACCUAGAUCAGAUGAGCAAUCACCUCAUCCUUUACUAGCAGUGAUUACUCUACUCUACACCUACAUCAGAUGAGCAUUCAACUCGUCCUUUACUAGCAGUGAUCACUGUACACCUAGAUCAGAUGAGCAGUCACCUUGUCCUUUACUAGCAGUGAUUACUCUACACCUAGAUCAGAUGAGCAGUCACCUUAUCCUUUACUAGUAGUGAUCCCUCUAGACCUAGAUCAGAUGAGCAGUCAGCUUGUCCUUUACUAGCAAUGAUCACUCUAAACCUAUAUUAGAUGAGCAGUCACCUCAUCCUUUAAUAGUAGUGAUCACUCUAUACCUAGAUCAGAUGAGCAGGCACUUCGUCCUUUACUAGCAGUGAUCACUCUACACCUAGAUCAGAUGAGCAAUCACCUUGUCCUUUACUAGCAGUGAUCCCUCUAUACCUAGAUCAGAUGAGCAGUCACGUCAUGCUUUACUAGCAGUGAUCCAUCUACACCUAGAUCAGAUGAGCAGUCACUUUGUCCUUUACUAGCAGUGAUCACUCUGCACCUAGAUCAGAUGAGCAGUUACCUCAUCCUUUACUAGCAGUGAUCCCUCUACACCUAGAUCAGAUGAGCAGUCACUUUGUCCUUUACUAGCAGUGAUCACUCUACACCUAGAUCAGAUGAGCAAUCACCUCGUCCUUUACUAGCAGUGAUCACUCUACACCUAGAUCAGAUGAGCAAUCACCUUGUCCUUUACUAGCAGUGAUCCCUCUAUACCUAGAUCAGAUGAGCAGUCACGUCAUGCUUUACUAGCAGUGAUCCAUCUACACCUAGAUCAGAUGAGCAGUCACUUUGUCCUUUACUAGCAGUGAUCCCUCUAUACCUAGAUCAGAUGAGCAGUCACCUCGUCCUUUACUAGCAGUGAUCACUCUAUAUCUAGAUCAGAUGAGCAGUUACCUCGUCCUUUAUUGGCAGUGAUCCCUCUACACCUAGAUCAGAUGAGCAGUUACCUCGUCCUUUAUUAGCAGUGAUCCCUCUACACCUAGAUCAGAUGAGCAGUUACCUCAUCCUUUACUAGCAGUGAUCCUUCUACACCUAGAUCAGAUGAGCAGUUACCUCAUCCUUUACUAGCAGUGAUCCUUCUACACCUAGAUCAGAUGAGCAGUUACCUCGUCCUUUACUAGCAGUGAUCCCUCUACACCUAGAUCAGAUGAGCAGUCAUCUCGUCUUUUAUUAACUACUCCUGGUUAUCAAUGGUUACCAGGUUGACCACUCCUUGAGAUUAGUGCUCCUGAACCGGAGGCUGGCAAACCAAACUAAUUAAAUCUGGGAUCAGCAGGUGAAGGCUUAACUGCGAAUAACUACUUUUUUGACAAGCCACCACCAUGUUCUGGCAGAGGUUAUAAAAUGGCACCUUCACUUUACCUAGAAUACUGUUGUUCUGUGUAAUUAGUUGAUAAAAUGUCCUGUCCCCAUCAUCGAUUUAUUUUUCCAUUACAAAUUUCCCAACAGUAAAAGGGCAUCAAUUGACAUUAUAUUUAAGUUGGUUAUUGUAGCUGCUCACUAUAAAAUCCCAUUUGAGAUAAAUUGGAGAAUCGACGUUUGAAGGUGUCAGAGGAAGCUUUCAAUCAGCAUGGUAUUUUGAGGCAUCUCUGGUGCAUUGCGGGCUGUGAAUGUGGGAAUUAUGGUAACUGUAAAUAGACAGUCUCUUGCUUGGGAUUGUAUUUCUAAACACUGCAUUGUCACAUGGAUGAAAGAGGUAGAUGAAGACCGGGGGCGUCCAAAGGUUAGAACGUAACACUUCUCUUCUACAACAGAUUAAGUCACCUUUUCUUCAGUGUGGCCACACCAAUUAUAGGGUUUUAAACUGAAUGUAGCAGAUAAAGCUUUUUCCUGGAUAUCUUUGAUUAUAUACAAAGCAUGUCUGUUACCCCGUGUCAUUUGCAUGUCCCUGACUGACAUGGAUCCUUGUACCCUCUAACUGUGUGCCGUAACACUGUCUCCUUUUAGUAACUUGGUGAAUAGUAAUGUGUUAAUUGUUGACUGUGUUUGCCAAAGCAUUGCCCUGUGUAGUCUCGUGACGGCUGUCUAGCAUUGUGUCUAGCACUGUAUAAGAAAUCUCGUGUCACUUGGUCGUUUUGUGUUUGUCUUCUAACGCAUUCGUCAGUCUGGUCUAAAGAGACAUGUUUCAUAAACAAUAUAAGAACAAUCCUGGACUGAUUAGCCACUGCUUUAAACAACAUUCUGGGGAAAUUUUUUUAUUUUUGUUUUUAGCAUUACAGUCUAUGAUAUCACUGAGUUACAUUACUGACAUGUAGCGUGUUGCAGUCCAUGAUAUCACUGAGUUACAUUACCGGUAUGCAGCGUGUUACAGUCCGUGAUAUCACUGAGUUACAUUACCGGUAUGUAGCUGGUUACAGUCCGUGAUAUCACUGAGUUACAUUACCGGUAUGUAGCUGGUUACAGUCCGUGAUAUCACUGAGUUACAUUACCGGUAUGUAGCUGGUUACAGUCUGUGAUAUCACUGAGUUACAUUACCGGUAUGUAGCUGGUUACAGUCCGUGAUAUCACUGAGUUACAUUACCGGUAUGUAGCUGGUUACAGUCCAUGAUACCACUGAGUUAUAUUACCGGUAUGUAGCUGGUUACAGUCCAUGAUACCACUGAGUUACAUUACCGGUAUGUAGCUGAUUACAGUCCAUGAUAUCACUAAGUUACAAUACAGUCAUGCAUCGUGUUAGAGUCCAUGUUAUAUUACCGGCAUGUAGCGUGUUACAGGCCAUGAUAUCAGUGAGUGACAACUAUCCAACUCUGUUACGGUAUCAAUAAUGCCAGGGAGGUGUAUAUUAUUAUUAUUAUUAUUAUUAUUGGCCUUUUAUAUAGCGAUAACAGAUUCCAUAGCGCUUUACAAUAUUAUAAGAGGGGGGAAUUAACUAUAAAUAUGACAAUUACAAAAACUUACAGGAACGAUAGGUUGAAGAGGACCCUGCUCACACUAUCUUACAGGCUAUAGGAGGUGGGGUGUAAAACACAAUAGGACAGGAAAUAGCAAUCAAAUAAGGUGGGAGUGAAGCAGAGCUGGAGGAGAGAGUACAGUGCUGCCCUUUAGGAGAGAGCAAGAGACAGGUAUGUGAGGUAGAGGUUACUCUGGGAGGCCGUAUGCUUUCCUAAAUAGAGGGGUUUUAAGGCCCUUCCUAAACGAUUGAAGACUAAGUCAAUGGCGGUCAGAUGGCAGUAGGCUGUAGGCAGUGUAUAGUACAUAGCAAACAUACAGGGAGUAUAUCUGGCACUAUACGUUUGGUAUGUACUAUACACGCUAAGGAUAUCAAUGUUGUGAGUCGUGUCUAUACAUCCAUUCAUCCAUUUAUCCAUUUGACUUUGUCUGAUACUGUAGAUUAUAUAACGUAUGUUCUAUUGCAUUCUGCUGAUAUAGUGUUCAGCUCACCCAUUAUAACAUAGAUAACCAGUUGUUACAUGUAUAUUGUGAGUGAACAGUCCUGCUGUAGCAACUACCAGACCGCCUAGCAAUCUAGGGAGAUGUAUCAUUCUACAUUAUUAUUCAAUAUAUUAUUAGUAUCAUAAAUCAUAGAAGCAUGGUCUGUGGCAAGAAGGAUUUAACGUUUUACCUAAACCUUCUUCAGGCAGGAUCAUGAAACACAAUAUCGCAAAAACGAUAAAAACACGUCAAUGCAAACCAUUUUUUAUGCUUAAAAUGCUUAUAAUUUUAAACAGAGCAAUAUGCCUUUUUGUUGUGAUUGGCUUUUAAAUGCUUUAUUUUUCGUUAUUUAUACAGGUUGACAUUUGUCUAUGUGAUUAUGUAAUUUAUGUAUGAAUUAUGGGAAAUAACAGAUUCAUGUUCUCACAUGCAUUAUAAAUUAGCUUUAUUCUCUGUUAAGGUAAACUCUAUUUAACUGUUAGAACACUUGGUAGGACUCUGUAUUAUAUGCAAAGUUCACAAAUGACAGAACUAUUUGAACUGGUCAGUUUGAUUGAACAUUCCUUCGGAAAGAUCCGUUCACAGCAAGGAAGAUCAGGCCCAGAUUCACGCACACAUCACGGGGCACUCCUAAAAUUAGCAAUGUAGCCAUGUAGAGGCUUUUGGGCAUUAUCUUAAUGAUUUGUUUUUAUUUUCUAUGUAUUGCUUUUUACUGUUUUAUAUUUCAGUUUAUAUAUGAUAAAGCCAAUUAUUUUUUUAUCUGAGUAUCAAAACAAAAAUAAAUAUAAGGGUGAGAGCACACACAAUAAACAUGUAAGGAACACAUGCAGUUUUACCACAGGCAAAAAAUAAAUGAUAAUAAUAAUUUGCGAUUUUUAUAGCGCUUUUCUCCCUGUGAGACUUGAAGCACUUGACAAGUAUACAAACGUAAAGACAUAAAAUGUAGGAGUUUCUGAAGGUCAACCUGAUGGAAUAGGUGGAUCUUUAGUUCUUAAAAAAAAAAAAGGUAUGUAAGGACGGUGCCUCUCUGAUUGCACACUGUAAGAGUUCCAGAAGGUAGGGUCUGUCUUUAUUCUGGGCACUGACUGGAUGGAUUUGCUGGCUGACCGAAGUGAACAGGAUGGAAUGUAGGGUGUCAGGAGCUCUUUCAGGUACUGUGGUCCUUGAUUGUUUAAAACUUUGAAGGUUGUCAGGCCAAUUUUAAAAUAUGUUCGCCAUUUAAUUGGAAGCCAAUGCAGGGAGUGGAGAACAGGUGUUAUGUAGCAGGAGCAAGUUUAAUUGGCCAGUAGUCUGGCUGCUGUAUUUUGUACUGUCUGAAGGAGAUGGAGCUCUUUUUCUGGGAGGCCCAAGUAAAGUACAUUGCAGUAAUCUAGCCCAGAGGAUACAAAUGCAUGGAUUAAUGUUGGCAUAUCAUCCGGUGGAAUUAAAUGUUGUAUCCUGGCUAUGUUUUUCAGAUGAAAGUAGGCAAAUUUUACUACGGAGGAAAUCUGCUGUUUAAAUGAUAGUCCAGAGUCAAUCAGCACUCCAAGGUUUCGUAACCUUUGAUGAACUGAUGAGUUCAGAGCCUCCUACUUCCAGGCCAGUUGGGCGAUCAUGGGAUAUUUUUGUUGCCGGGGUCCCCUCACCAAGAGGUUCACUUUAAGCCAACUAGCAUCCAUCCAUUCUAUGAGGUCUGCUAUGCAACAUGUUGGGUCUGUGGUAUCUAGAGCAAAGGAGAAGUAGAGAUGUGUGUCAUCAGCGUAACAAUGAUAUCUUAGGCCAUGUCGCCUAAUGAUGUCCCCCAAUGGUAGCAAGUAAAUUGCAAAUAGCAUGGGAGACAAAAUGGAUUCUUGUGGAACUCCGCAGGUCAGUACUGUUGGUGCUGAUGAGCUUGAUCCUGAUGUUACUCUCUGUGAUCUACCAGUGAGGAAAGACUUAAACCAGUUAAGGACUGUUCCUCCUAGACCACAGCGCCUUUUAAUUAAAGUAGGUGGAUGAGAUGAGAGACUGAAUACUGGUCCUCUUCCACUUACAUUAGUGAGUAAAAGUGAGUAAGAGAGAGAGAAGUAACAAAAAGUAAUUCAUACAAAAAACAAGCUAUAGAAGAUCUCAAUAUAAAACAACAAACCACCUAAAACACACCAACGUAUUUUGACAUGUAAUGUCUUUCUCAAAGUGCUUAUUUAAUGGUCUGCCAUUUUUUUAUGUUUACGUUUACAUUUAUUGCCAAGCCUGUGGUAAAACUGCAUUUGUUCAUUAUACAGUGCCUUGCAAAAGUAUUCCUUUUUUGAAAGGCCCCAGAGGCUGCAACACCUAAGCAAGAGGCACCACUAACUAAACACUGCCAUGAAGACCAAGGAACUCUCCAAACAAGUAAGGGACAAUGUUGUUGAGAAGUACAAGUCAGGGUUAGGUUACAAAAAAAUAUCCAAAUCUUUGAUGAUCCCCAGGAGCACCAUCAAAUCUAUCAUAACCAAAUGGAAAGAACAUGGCACAACAGCAACAACGCCAAGAGACGGCUGCCCACCAAAACUCACAGACCGGACAAGGAGGGCAUUAAUCAGAGAGGCAGCACAGAGACCUAAGGUAAACCUGGAGGAGCUGCAGAGUUCCACAGCAGAGACUGGAGUAUCUGUACAUAGGACGACAAUAAGCCGUACGCUCCAUAGAGUUGGGCUUUAUGGCAGAGUGGCCAGAAGAAAGCCAUUACUUUCAGCAAAAAACAAAAUGGCACGUUUUGAGUUUGCGAAAAAGGCAUGUGGGAGACUCCCAAAAUGUAUGGAGGAAGGUGCUCUGGUCUGAUGAGACUAAAAUUUAACUUUUCGGCCAUCAAAGAAAACUCUGUCUGGCAUAAACCCAACACAUCACAUCACCCAAAGAACACCAUGUUUUUCAGCAGCUGGGACUGGGAAACUGGUCAGAGUUGAGGGAAAGAUGGAUGGUGCUAAAUACAGGGAUAUUCUUGAGCAAAACAUGUACCACUCUGUGCGUGAUUUGAGGCUAGGACGGAGGUUCACCUUCCAGCAGGACAAUGACCCCAAACACACUGCUAAAGCAACAUUUGAAUGGUUUAAGGGGAAACAUGUAAAUGUGUUGGAAUGGCCUAGUCAAAGCCUAGACCUCAAUCCAAUAGAAAAUCUGUGGUCAGAAUUAAAGAUUGCUGUUCACAAGCGCAAACCAUCCAACUUGAAGGAGCUGGAUCAGUUUUGCAAGGAGGAAUGGGCAAAAUCCCAGUGGAGCUGUGAUUGCCGCAAAAGGUGGCUCUACAAAGUAUUGUCUUUAGGGGGGUGAAUAGUUAUGCACAUUGACUUUUCCUGUUAUUUUGUCCUAUUUGUUGUUUGAAUACUUUUGCAAGGCACUGUAUGUGUUUAUUUACUGUGUGUGCUCUCACCCUUAUAUUUGUUUUGAUACACUGAAUUUUGGUGUGGUUGGGUGAACUACCCAGGAUGAUAGUAGCACCAUAUCACAAUCUUUUACCUUAUAUAUUUUAUUUUAUUGUUUCUGUCACUCUUUAUUUGACAGUACGUUGCACCCCUGUCCUCAUCACUACAAGAGAGUGUAACCCCUGGUAACACAAAUCAGAUACAUCACAAAGCCGAAUCGAUAGGGAUAGAGCCGGAUCGAUAGGUUUACCCCACAAUCCCAUAAAGGGGAGUUAAUAUUAUAGAACCGUGUGGUGGAACCUUUAUAAGUCACCGGCUGAUACAGAAUUCAGAGCCAAAUCCAACUGGCUCUGAAGAUUGUAAGUGUACACCUUUUUCCAUAUUUACAUUUUUCACCAAUUUAUGGUUAGCACUAAGUGUUGUAUUCUUUUGUCUUUUUGAGAUACUUGUGCUUCAUGAUUCAUUCCCCAUGAGAGAUUACUUGAAAAGUAAUAUCAUUCUCACCAUAGAUCACGCUUCUAUGUUUUGUAGUGGCUCAAGAUUUGCUGUUGGUAAUUCUUGUGUUGUGCAUAGAAGGUGAAUAUAUACACACAUGGUUUUGAGUUUGUUUUACAGUUUGUUGCACGUAAUAUAGUCUCACUAUUAAUAGUAGUAUAACAUUGAAAUCUCCAAGUCAUUGGUUGACUAUCAAAGAUUGUCGGGGGAGGGGGUGAUCUCUGUCAUACUGUCCUGCCUGCAGUUGGUUAUUAAUUAUAAUGUUUUAAAUCUAUGUCCAAAUAAUUGUUGCUUCCAUUGUUACUGUCCUUUGCAAUACAUGGUUCCGGUAGCAUUAGGUCACAUUUCCAGACGGGCAAUGCUUCAGCAAUUACAUGGAAUCAGUACUUUCUCAAAUGACGAGUACCACUAUUCACCUAAUACGUGGUCCGACAAAGGUAAGACUGGUGAUAUUAGAGGCGUCUGUCACUUAGUAUAUGUAGUAUCCAUAGUAUAAGUAGUAUCUGUAGUAUAUAUAGUAUAUGUGGUGUCCAUAGUAUAUGUAGUGUAUAGAGUGUAUAUGGUGUCCGUACUAUAAGUAGUAUCUGUAGUAUAUAUGGAAUCUGUAGUAUUUAUGGUAUCAGUAGUAUCAGUAGAAUAUCUAGUAUCAGUAUUAUAUGUAGUAUACAUAUUAUCCAUAGUACAUGUAGUAUCGAUAGUAUAUGAAAUAUCUACACUAUGUAUAGUAUCAGUACUAUCCUGUGUAUAUGUAAUAUCAUUGAGUGUAAGUGUAUUAAAAUUCAGCAAUUAUAGUAAGUGUAGUAAGCGUAUUAAGUAUAGUAAGUGCAGUAAGUGUAGUAAGUGUAUUAAGUGUAGUAAGUAUAGUUAGUGUAUUAAGUGUAGUAAGUGUAGUAAGUGUAGUAAGUGUAUUAAGUGUAGUAAGUGUAUUAAGUGUAUUAAAUGUAGUAAGUGUUGUAAGUGUAUUAAGUGUAGUAAGUGUAUUAAGUAUAGUAAGUGUAUUAAGUGUAAGUAUAGUAAGUGUAUUAAGUGUAGUAAGUAUAGUAAGUGUAGUAAGUGUAUUAAGUAUAGUAAGUGCAGUAAGUGUAGUAAGUAUAGUAAGUGUAUUAAGUGUAGUAAGUAUACUAAGUGUAUUAAGUAUAGUAAGUGUAGUAAGUAUAGUAAGUGUAUUAUAUGUAGUAAGUGUAUUAAGUGUAGUAAGUAUAGUAAGUGUAUUAAAUGUAGUAAGUGUAGUAAGUGUAUUAAGUGUAAGUAUAGUAAGUGUAUUAAGUUUAGUAAGUAUAGUAAGUGUAUUAAAUGUAGUAAGUAUAGUAAGUUUAUUAAGUAUAGUAAGUGUAUUAAGUGUAAGUAUAGUAAGCGUAUUAAGUAUAGUAAGCGUAUUAAGUAUAGUAAGUGCAGUAAGUGUAGUAAGUGUAUUAAGUGUAGUAAGUAUAGUUAGUGUAGUAAGUGUAGUAAGUGUAUUAAGUGUAUUAAAUGUAGUAAGUGUUGUAAGUGUAUUAAGUGUAGUAAGUGUAUUAAGUAUAGUAAGUGUAUUAAGUGUAAGUAUAGUAAGUGUAUUAAGUGUAGUAAGUAUAGUAAGUGUAGUAAGUGUAUUAAGUAUAGUAAGUGCAGUAAGUGCAGUAAGUAUAGUAAGUGUAUUAAGUGUAGUAAGUAUACUAAGUGUAUUAAGUAUAGUAAGUGUAGUAAGUAUAGUAAGUGUAUUAAAUGUAGUAAGUGUAUUAAGUGUAGUAAGUAUAGUAAGUGUAUUAAAUGUAGUAAGUGUAUUAAGUGUAAGUAUAGUAAGUGUAUUAAGUUUAGUAAGUAUAGUAAGUGUAUUAAAUGUAGUAAGUAUAGUAAGUUUAUUAAGUAUAGUUAGUGUAUUAAGUGUAAGUAUAGUAAGUGUAUUAAGUAUAGUAAGUGUAUUAAAUGUAGUAAGCGUAUUAAGUAUAUCAAGUGUAGUAAGUGUAGUAACAGUAUUAAGUAUAGUUAGCAUAAUAAAUGUAGUUAGUGUGUUAAGUGUAAAUGUAGUAAUUGUAAUAACUGUAUUAAGUGUAGUAACAGUAUUAAGUUACCUAGUUACAAUACUGAAAAGAGACGUGCAUCCAUCAAGUUCAGCCUUCCUCACAUGUUUUUGCUGUUGAUCCAAAGUAGGAUAAGCAUAAUAAAUGUAGUCCGUGGUUUAAGUGUAAGUGUAGUAAUUGUAAUAACUGUAGUAAGUAUAGUAAGCACAUUAAGUGUAAUAGAUAAAGUAUAGAAAAAUAAUAAAUUAAAUCAGGGAUGCUAUUAAAAUAAAUGCUUUAAACCUCUGGUAUGUAGCUGUCACAUUCUAUUUCCAAACAUGUAGGCAUUAAUUCUGCUAUAAUGUGUGAAAACAAAUGUAGUCAUAUUCCUUACUUACUUACCUCUUAUUUGGUCUUGGGAGCUAGAGAUAGCCCUACAGUGGGUCCAGGUAGGUCCAUUGGACCCUUUCAGCAACUCGGGUCGGCAACAUUUAAUUUGUUUUUUUUUUUUUCACCUCCUCCGUCACCGUAGAGAAAGGAGAGCCUGAGGGCAAUGAGAUGAUGUAUAGUUAUAUUAGAUUAUAUGCGUGUGCAUUGUGUAUACGUUUAUACAUGUGUCUGACUUGUUAUGCAUUUAAGUAGUUAUAUGACUGGUGUAAAUAGCUUUAUAUGUGGAUUUAAGUAGCUAGUUAUGUGUAAGUGGAUUACUUUGUGUGUGUGAAUAAUUAUGGAUGUGUAUAUUGUAUAUAUAUAUAUGUAUUUCAGUGACUAGUUUUUCAUAUAUUUGUGUGAGUGGGGUGAUUAGCUGGUUAGUGAGUAGUUAGUUAAGUUGUUUGUAUAGCCAGAUGUGCGUCAGUGACUAAUCUGUAAAGGAGGAGACUAUAUUUAAAAGAAGAAAAACUACCACAACAAGAGGACAUAGUCUUAAAUUAGAGGGGCAAAGGUUUAAAUAUAUUAUCAGGAAGUAUUACUUUACUGAGAGGGUAGUGGAUGCAUGGAAUAGCCUUCUAGCUGAAGUGUUAGAGGUUAACACAGUAAAUGCUUUUAUUGCAUUGAAAUAAUGUCUUCCUAAAAACCUGCACAGGCUCUGUAAUAAGAAAUGUAGGGCUAUUCAGGUGCCCAGUGUUUUUUAACAGAUGAGGAGUGCGUAUUUUGCAAAAAUUCAUUGUAAGUGGUUCUUCUGAAUAAAAUGAGUGAUAAUCGUCAAGUGAAUUGAUUCCGAAAUUCAGUUUGUUUAUAAAUUAACCGAAUCGUUCCAUAUAUCAUUCAUAUUUUUCAACUUAAGUAAACGAGUUCAGUUGAGUCAGGUAACUAUGAAGCCUGGAGAGAAACCUCAAAGGAUUCUUAAUGUGGAGAUUUAGAAAUGUCCCUAAAAUAAGGGGGACAAAGUUCUAAAGGUUGAGCAGUUACCGUGGAAACUAGUGGAAUGUGCGUGUCUAUUGCCCCGCUUACACUUUCCUUAUUAUAAGAUUUCAUACUUGGACAUAGAGAUAGACCACACAGUUUAUUGGUGUGUCACGAGUCCGUAACGUUGGGCAUAUGACUCUUACCCUAUUAUAAACCAACUUAUUAUUUUAUUGAACAUAAGAUAUAAGUAUCCUAUAUGUGGAUUAGACAGUUUUUAUGUUGAUUUAAUGGAGUUUAUUAAAAUGGUAGAGUUUCUUUCUCACACCGUUCUCUUAAUCACAGAGUAUAAUCAAGGAUAAUAAUCACAGAGUAUAAUAAAGUAUAAUAAUCACAGAGUAUAAUAAAGCACAACUGUGUCUGGAAUAUCUGAAUCAAAAAAAUUGUUCAAAGAAAAAGGUGUCAAGAUUACAGUCAGGAUCACGGAUUCACAAUUGGACAAUUUGAUAGAUAAGGUCAGACACUUAGUACAGACUAAUAUUAAUGGGAUUUUUUUAAUGUAUCUUUUAUAAAAAGCAGAAUGCAGGUUUGUUUUUGAUAGAAACAAUAAUGAUUUAUUAAAAUGCUUGCCUUAAGUGAUCCACCCCGGCCUCUCCCCAAGCACCAACACUUAACAUGCCUAUUGAUACACACAGCUACUUACAGAUACACACAGACUGGCAGCCACAGACACAUAUGCACAGGCAAACACAGGCACAUGCAGACACACAUAUAGGCACAGAGGCACCGUUUGGAACACACAGACAGAGUCAGGCACAGACAGGUACAUACUGUAACGGAUCACCUGGCACCCCAACUGGGUACCUCUGUUGAAGGAUGCUCCUAGCGCUUCCUGAGGGCUCCAAGCACUCCAGCCGACACCAUAACCACCGUAGACUCCUUCAGAGAGCAAGACAGGAACAAGCUCUUACAAGAGCUUAACAGUGAAUAUCGCAAGAGGGUAUGCAGAGCAUAGCAAUCCCUUGUAGAAGAUUCCCCCAAUAAGAGACGGCACUCCAAAUUGAGAUUGAAGUAGAACUGUCUUAAACUUUAUUUUACUUGGCACUAGCCCAUAUGGUCAUUACAUUAACAUUGCUGUGAAAACUCAAUAAAAUUACAAACAGUCAAAUAAUAGCAGGCAACAUACAGUGACUAUAACAUAAUUACAUAUUUAUAAAUGGGUGGGGAAGACCAUAAUUAACACAAAAUGUCUCUCCUGCAUGCAGAAUUAGCGAUAUGCAAAUCUACCCGAAUAUGCAGAUUACCAGUCUUGCUAUUCAGGUAGUGCAUAUUACUGUUGCUACCAACAGAGGGCACUACACAAGCUCCAUAGUCAAAUCCACCUAGUUGGUAGCAAUCCUCAGCAGUACAGGAGAGCAGGCAAUACAUCCCAGGGGCCAUAGUCACAUGGCAGGAGGCUGGCAAUCAGUCUUCUCCAAUGCCCAGUGGCGAGGCUGGUUCUGCCACACAUACUGACACAGACAGGCACACCAGGCACACACAAACACACAUACAUACAUACAUACAUACACGGACACAAAGACACAGACAAGUACAACACAGGCACAUUCAGAUAAAUUCAGGCAUACUUACAUUACGUAAAAAUUAUACUGGCUCUCUUGAAAGCCAUGCAGGUUAUGUGGGGGGUGGGCAGGAGGCAAGUCAGUAUUUGUUUUAGAGCCGGCAGCCACAAAACUCCUGUAAGGAGUGCUGACAGCAUUCUGCAAGCCCAGGUCUUCAUUUUCCUGGUCCCCAGGCCCAUCUGAAUGGCUGAUGUGCUGUCCAGUGCCCUGAGUUAGUAAGCAGCACAGUAAUAGAUACACAUUGAUUGUGAUAGAAUGCGUCUAGCCUACACCUCCCAUUAGUAAUGCCCUGCAGUCAGUUCAUUUUAUGGAGCAUAUCAGCAGAAUAACGGAACUCUGUUGUUUUCAUACCCUGAAUUGUUGUUGUCACUGUGUGUAUAGCUUGACCCAGAUCUUCUUCCUGGAGUACGAUAAGAUUAUUUCACAGACUGGGUAGAAGGCAGGGGGUGCAAUGAAACGUGUGUUUUUUAAACGUUUGACAUCAUUACAGGCAGCAUUAUAUAUGUUUUGUAUCAAUUCACUAUUGAGAGUACACAUAUUGGAAAGUGAACAUGGUAGUAAUUUUCUCCAUUUUACCAUUAAAAUCAAUGUCACUGUCCCUUUAAUAAUUACUAUACGUGUUAUGAUAAUUCCACUUAUUACGUUGUUUGUACAGAGAGCCGGGACAACGCCUUCAGCCAAUCCCGCAGCUCCAGCGUGUCCAGCAUUGAUAAGGAAACAAAGGAAGCUAUCACGGCACUGUAUUUCAUGGAGACAUUCGCAAGAAAGAACGACCAGACGCCAUCCCCGUGUCUAUGGGUCGGAACAAGUCUUGGGAUGGUCCUGAUCGUAACACUUAACAUGCCUUCUACGGAGGAGCAGAGGCUGACAGAGCCCGUCAUGGUGUCUCCCAGCGGUAAGCAGCACAUUCUCACCUUCAAGAUCUUCAGGUCAAGUUGAAUUCCUCAGUAACAGCCUGAUUUGUAUAUUCUGGACAUAUGUUUUCUGUAGCCAUAGUGUGGUCCUUAAUUUAUAAAUAUCAGCUUAUAAACAUUUCACUUUUAAAACAUUAGAAAUAUGUGGUUCUCUAGCAGGCCGUAUUUGGAAUGCUGUGUGAAAUGUUUUUAAAUCAGACUGUUAUAUAGUAAGAUAGCUUUUAUGACAGCAAAGCCCUGCCUGUUACUGGCGUAGAUGGUGUGUAAUCCUUCUAAACAUGCUGACUCUGAGUCUGAUUAAAUAAUAACCAAUUUAACACUCACAAUAUAAAGGUUAAAUGCCCUGUGUUCAAGUCAAUAUUACACCAUUGUGAGAUGAUAUCAAAGGCUUUUACACCUUGAGAAUUUACUCCAUUACUCCAAGUAAUUAACUGUUCUAUGAUAUUUGCAGAUUCACCUCAAGAAUCAGCAGAUUCUGUCAGAUAAUUUUCCCAAUAACCUUGGGAAUCUGCCGAUUCAAUCAACCCAUUUACUAUGAGAAUCUGCUAAUUCAUUCUGAGAAUAUUCCAUUAAACAAGACUCGAAGGAUCUGAACAUUUAUCCUGACAAUCUACUCAUUCAGCCUUAGGAUUCUGGGGGAUCCUGACAAACAUCAUCUUACAUUACAGUUUUAUGAACUAUAACGAAAACAUAUCAGAAUUCAAAUUGCACAUACAAGAUAUAGGGCACUUAGUGCAGUUUUGUUUAAGAAAAAUGAUACACAGUACACAAGUGGUUCUCAUAGAGGAGUCUAAGAAUGUCUCCCUGCUUCUCCCCAGGCACAGUCUUAAUGCUGAAGGGAGCCAUUCUCACCUUUUCAUGCCUGGAUUGCAUGGGGUCUCACAUACGCCCACCAUAUGAAAUCUGGAGAGACCCAAACAGCCUGGAUGAUAACGAGAAAACACGGAAGAGGAAACUGGUCAUGUUCUCGCCUUCAUCUUCACAAGACAUGGGCGAUCACCAGUUUGCAGUUGUUUGCUCAGAAAAACAAGCCAAAGUGUUCUCAUUGCCCUCCCAGACCUGUCUGUAUGUUCACAACAUCACAGAGACCUCCUUCCUACUACGAGCAGACAUAGUUACCAUGUAUAACAACGUGUUGCUGGCGUGCUUCUGUGCCAAUGGGCAUAUCAUGACUAUAAGGUAUUUACUAUCAACAGAAAUGUGGAACAUGAGUCUGUUACAGAAGUGAGAGAAAGCCCGGUAUUCUUCCAGAAUGUCAUAGCCUGGUUCUCCAGAGAAUGCAUCCUCAUCCAUGUGGCCUCCUGAUUCGGGGCCCAGUCUGUCCAAUUUGUCAGGCAUCUUUCCUUUGUCGGUGGGGGUGCAGUGGCCCUUCUAAGGCCUCUUGCGUACUGAGCCCAUAUCCGCAGAGCGUAGGGAGCCACCUGAGUCAGAGUCCCGUGCGCCAGAGGGUCCGGGCGUAGGUCCCGGUGGGGCGGGUGGAACGUCCCCAUAGAGGGCAGCGAGGGCCUUAGGUAAGGAGUCCGCCAAGGUGGCACACAGCCAAGCCUGGAGGCCCUCAGGGGCAUGGAAGCCAGGUUCGUCAGACAUGACAGAUGUCACUGAAAAAGAGGUGUGGUACCCAGAUAAGGCCAGCUGGGGGUCACCUAGCUUGCAAGAGGGGGUCAUCCAACAAGCACUAGCAUAUUAUGCAAAUUCAGGCCAGCAGGGGGUGGGGGUCACCCUCAGUGUAUGAGUCACAGUACCCGGGAGGCCCACCAGGCUAGACAGAGGGAAGGGGUCACCCAACCCACAAUAGUGCCACUUGCAUGGCAGUAUGGCCCAGUAGAGGACAGUAUAAGCAGGGACAAUGUCCCAGUAAUACGGGGGAGGGGGGUGGGUCACCUCCGGUAAUAAUAGAGCUUUGUGGGGUGCCUGUUAGCCUACCUGAGGAGUAGAAGUGUGUGACAGGUCCAUCCUGGGUCCAUGUAGUGAAAUUACAGUUUAAUGCAUGAUUUCCUGUGCAACAAAGGGGCAGCAACACCAAUACAGAGGAGACACAGGGAGAGGGAAGGUUGGCCACAUGACCAGCAGACGGCAGGGCAGCGGCGUGAGUGAAACCGGGCUGCCAGGAACUAACGGAGCCCAUGCAUACCGAAAAAAUGGCCGCCGCGGCCGCAAGUGAAAACGGGAUCAUAAGCCGCAGGCAAGCGGCCAAGGGCCGCGGGAAGUGGCUGGGGAGUGAGGGGGAGAUUGUGGGGGCGGUAGAGCCCAGGAGGGAACCACAGGAAUGCAAAGUGUGAUGGCCGGCCAUGGGGGGAGCCCGAGGAGGGAGUAAAAGGGCAGAGCAAAAACCCAAAACCCCUUGACUGGUAGCAGAGCACCUACCCCACAGACAGCCAAGCAAAAACCACAGAUACAGUAGACAAGCAAACACAGCAAGUAAAUACCAUGAAAAAAACCCAGCCCAGAACAGAAACACUCUCUGAGUUGGUGAGUGCUCACCUGGAGGCAGCAGCAAAGAAAGAGGAAGUGGGAGGCUCUGCCUAAGUGGUUUUAUACUGUUGUUUUGUUCUGAUUGGUUGUUUUGAAAAGUUUUGUUAACUAUUUCUUUGCUGCUGGAGGUUUCAGUAAAGAAGUUGAAGCAAAUAUGAAGCCUCCUGUCCUGCCAUAAAAUUAUAAUUUUCUCUUGUGCGUGGAUAUAGAGAAAAUAACAGAACAUUGUGUGUACAUGUAACUUUAAUAAAAACAUACACGUACACGAUAUCAGAGAUAAAACAGUAUGUUAAAAUGAAAAGCCACUCCACGUGUGUCCCAAUCUCGUCCAAUAUUCAGGCAUAGAAUCCGGUAUAUAAUAGAAUAAUAAAUAGGACCCUACUCAUUUCAUCCAAUGUGCACAGACUUCCUUAGAAUAAGAAAAAUGGUAAUAAAAUGCCUAUAACAAAUAAAAUAGUUUUUGGGCUGAUAAGAUAAUGUAGGACUUUUGCAGAAUUGAUACCAGACACAGGUUGGUCGACCUGUACAAAGAACCAUAAUACAAAUUGGGCAUUUAAUAUGGGGGAUUGACAAUGGUAAAGAUACUUCAGUUUAUGAUUAAUACAUGCCUUCCGUACAGAUGUAACAUGUUUUUGCUGUUGCAGCCUCCCCAGCUUGCGCCCUCUGCUGGAUGUGAAUUACCUGCCUCUAACAGACAUGAGGAUAGCACGGACCUUCUGCUUCACGAAUGGUGGCCAAGCUUUGUACUUGACAUCUCCCACCGAGAUCCAGCGAGUGACUUACAGUCAGGAGAUGUACGACAGUCUGCAGGUGAGGACGACAGUGCGUAAAACGUUUGGAUAUUAUCGGCUACAAUCCAUGGUCAGUACGUAGUCAUACAGACGUCAUUAACAUGUGCCACCAAAAAAGCAAACGUACGUAACGUGGAACCAGCAAGAAUGUCCUUUUAAAAAUACCAACAAAUCUACUUUAAAUAUAGAGAUUAAAAAGUGUUUGAAAACACCAGAUAUUUGCUUUAACAAUAUGUGUUCAUAAUUAACUAGUUAUCACAAACUUUAACUUUCUAUAAAUAAUGGCCUGGGGUUAAGAUGUGCUUAGAUACGCCCCUUGCGCAUGCCUGUGUGUACUUGGAUUGUCAGUUUGCGAUCUGUUCCUCUGAACACAGAGAUUUCUUGCUGGAGACGACCUUUUCCUGCAUCAGAUCAUGAUUUAGAAUCUGUCGGAGAUACAGAUGCUGUAAAUGUCAGCGGUAGCAGUAUGCGAUUAUUACAGGCACGAUUCUUGUUUCUGCAGUUAAUUACCGUGAAACAAUGCACAGACUCCUGGACUUAAAAUAUUUUAAAAAAAUAGAUACAGAGGUUUCCAGUGUGAGACGUUUCUCUCAUUAUUUUCAGAGCACCCCGAGUUCCAUAACGUUCUCCUCCGUGUGUUUUAUAUGUUACACAACAUUCAGGAAGUUAUUCACUAAAUGCCAAUCUAGUUUCUGGAUUGCUAAACUUUGUGGAAUACCCAACAUUUUAAUCUAAAAUGCAAUUCGGUUAUUCACUAAAUGUAAUGUGUGGAUAUUGCACAAAACAGCAUAGUGGAGACAGGUUGUGCCAUAGUCUGUGCUGUGCUGUUCUGCGAUGGGUUCUGCCAUCGUGUAUGCUGUACUGAGACAGCAUCUGCUAUAGUCUAUGUUGUGCUGAGUACACACUGAGUCUAUCUGGUACACUCUGAGUCUGCCUGGUACACUCUGAGUCUAUCUGGUACACUCUGAGUCUGUCUGGUACACUCUGAGUCUGCCUGGUACACUCUGAGUCUGCCUGGUACACUCUGAGUCUGCCUGGUACAUUCUGAGUCUGCCUGGUAGUCUGUCUGGUACACUCUGAGUCUGCCUGGUACAUUCUGAGUCUGCCUGGUACACUCUGAGUCUGCCUGGUACAUUCUGAGUCUGCCUGGUACACUUUGAGUCUGCCUGGUACACUCUGAGUCUGCCUGGUACAUUCUGAGUCUGCCUGGUACACUUUGAGUCUGCCUGGUACACUGUGAGUCUGCCUGGUACAUUCUGAGUCUGCCUGGUACACUCUGAGUCUACAUUCUGAGUCUGCCUGGUACACUCUGAGUCUGCCUGGUACACUCUGAGUCUGCCUGGUACAUUCUGAGUCUGCCUGGUACACUCUGAGUCUGCCUGGUACACUCUGAGUCUGCCUGGUACAUUCUGAGUCUGCCUGGUACACUCUGAGUCUGCCUGGUACACUCUGAGUCUGCCUGGUACACUCUGAGUCUGCCUGGUACAUUCUGAGUCUGCCUGGUACACUCUGAGUCUGGUACACUCUGGUCUGCCUGGUACACUCUGAGUCUGCCUGGUACACUCUGAGUCUAUCUGGUACACUCUGAGUCUGCCUGGUACACUCUGAGUCUGCCUGGUACACUCUGAGUCUGUCUGGUACACUCUGAGUCUGCCUGGUACAUUCUGAGUCUGCCUGGUACACUCUGAGUCUGCCUGGUACACUCUGAGUCUGUCUGGUACACUCUGAGUCUGUCUGGUACACUCUGAGUCUGCCUGGUAAAGUAGGAGGUUGACAUUGAUUGGUGGAUUUGUUUAAUUUCCCCCCAGGAAAUGCUUGGAGAUCUAUUCUCUCUGGUGGAAACUCCUGAAGCACAAAACAAGGGUUUCUUGAAAGGACUAUUUGGAGGAAGUGGACAAACAUUUGACCGAGAAGAACUGUGUAAGUUGAUCAAAAGAUUGGCAUGUCCUUGGUCUUAAUACAGUAUAUUAUGCAGCUCUUUAAAGUGGAGAGAUCCAUGCGACAAACAGCUAGAGUUAUUAAAUGAAUACUGUAAAUGUAUGGCUGUCCUGGUUUGGUGUCAAUCGGUGUGUAAAUGGGAGCAGUGCAGUGUGUUUCUCACUGUGUUCAUUUUCCAGUUGGGGAAGCGGCAGCAGGUAAAGCCUCCCGGAGCCUGGCACAGCAUAUCCCAGGACAGGGGGGGCUAGAGGGAGUGAAAGGAGCAGCAACAGGAGUAGCUGCAGAUCUGUAUCGAGCCCGCAUCGGUCUGGAUGAGAGAGGGCAGAGGCUGGGCGAAUUGGAGGAGCGGACAGCAGGGAUGAUGUCCAGUGCGGAGGCUUUCUCGAAACAUGCACACGAGGUAUAAUCUAAUUUCUCGGUUACAGCUCUGUGAGGAGUGCAGCGACCAUAGACUAAAAACAAGGGGCAAAUGUAAAACAUAGAAAGUAGCAACGGGUAACACAAUUAUAUUUACAUUUUACCAUUUUAGAGUGUAGCUGUCUGUAGAUAAUUAUUGUAAACAGCUGGAUGCUGUGAGAUACAGCAAAGAACACGGAUCAUUAUGCUGAACAUUCGCAGUGUCAGAGGAGGACAACAAGACGGUAUAUAAGUAGAGUAACACAAAGCGAGAUAGAUGUUUCUUUUAUUCAUUGUCACAAUCUCUCUUUUUCUGCAGCUGAUGUUGAAAUACAAGGAUAAGAAGUGGUACCAGUUUUAAAGUGUGGUGCCUGGAGGGUUUUAUGCGAAUCAGACAUAGCGCAUUGAGCGCAUGGCUAGACUCCAGCUUUCUCCAUCGAUGUGUCCACACUUCACCAUGAUGGACCACGAAAGACCAUUUCUACCACAAAGUGGAUCAAACCAGGUAUCUAUCGUGAUAUCAAAGGACCCUCGAUCACUGAGGAGUUUGCAAAGCUUUCUUCCCACGACUCCCAGAUGCUCCAGCAGCCAGUGGGCAAAACGCUCUACCAGAACUUCCAUAACUGGAAAUCUCAAGAGGGCAUGUCAGCUUUUUAUAAAUGUUUUCUGGAUACAGACUGUCAAUGUUCUCUAAAACUAGCUUGUUAAUCACACACAAUGACAUUUAAAAAAAAAAUGUAGAAAAAAUAUUUGCAUGAAAGAAAUUACAUUCAACAGAGAACAGACGCAUGUUGUGAAGAGGAUUUAUAGCAAAGCAGGAAGAGAAGCAAAGUGAUGGGUAAUGGACUUUCUAGUCUCGCGGCGGUCACAUUAGACAGGUGGUAUUUUCAUGUGUGCGCCUACUCAUUGCUGUUUAAUAUAGAGCUUUGUUCUGUCCGCUGACAGGCCCUAAGCGCAGUCUUCAUAGUGGAAAUUGCAGACUGCUAUUGCGGGACGUGCACGGGUUAGCGAUUUUCUUAUCAGAGUUAUCAGUCUAUUGUGUGCAAAACUGUACAGAUGUAUAGAGAGUAAUUGGGAUCAUUUGGUGCAGAGAACGCUGGGUGAUGGCGUGCACAGUCGCGGUUAUUAACGCAGUCGCGGACAGUGGAUUCUGUCCCAGAUAAAUAUGAUGGCAUUGAAUAAGGCCAGUGGCGCCUACGUUUUAGGUAAGUGAAUGUGGCAUGGUGCCAAUUAAUUACAUGAUGUAGGUACAACAAGCCCCAUCCUUUCAAUAGGUUAGCUCUAAGACUUAAUACAAAUUGUAUGUGUUUGGAAUUAAAGUGUAAUUUGACAUCCUGAUAAACCAGAUGGGUACUGUCUUUUUUUUUUUGUUCAGUGUAGC